GACCGUAGCUCGCCCUACAUAUCAGCUUAUGACAAAAAAGACUCCGGCUUCAGAGAGAGGUGUAUAUUUAUCGCUAAUAAACAUAAUGACUGCAUACACAUAGAUAGAUUAGCACACAAAAUGUGCAAAAUAAAUAAAGGGAAUCUGGAAUAAUACAGACAUCAUCCCUCUGUAGACUCGAAUGAUGCGUCAACAUGUGCUAUGUGUUAUCUCGCUCAACCAGCUGUCACUGAGGCGCAGGAUUUCUCUGAAGCAGGCGGUAUAUUGAACUGACCCAUGCAAAAUGUGAUUUUUAUACAGGUGUUUUUUUGUUUGUUUGUUUGUUUGUACUCAUAAUCUCUAAAUCCAUUAAUAAUCCAGGAUUUGGUCGCACAUAUGCUCUCUAAGGGCAUACAGGCAUAUGUGUAGCUCUCUUCAUGGAUGAAAGAUGCUCAGAUACCUCACAGCACACAACAGUCUCGCACAGGACGGCCGAGGGAGUGAGAAAGAUGGGAGGUGUAGAUCAUCUGGGCUUUUUCUUACUGCUGAGAGCCAAGGGAAAGCCGAGAGGAGAAAGAGAGAGAGAGAGAGAGAGAGAGAGAGAGAGAGAGAGAGAGAGAGAGCAAAUCAAUGAGAGCGGUUGUGUAAAGAGAGUGAAGCAGUAAAAGGGAAACUAAGAGGAGAAGGAAAAGAGGGAAUAGAAGAGCUGGUAUUCGAAGUGUAUGAUGUAAAGCUGUGCUCUCCGCACUUUGGGGGUUUGCCUCUCCUGGGAAUGACACAUCUUUGAAAUUCUGAAUUAUGUUGCUACUCUAUCUGGCAACCUUGACUCUGAGUCUGCCAAGAGAAGUGAGACAGGUAUCUGAUGCAGUGAGAGGCACAGAUGCCCUAACACAGAGAAAGCAAACAAGUCAGACAGAUAUAAAUAAACAAUGUGUGACAGAAAGUGAAAGGAAAGUCAAUGUCAGGGGUUUUUAUUUUUGGAAAAGCAUUUUUCUGUAAACUCCAUGAAUGUAAACCCAUCUGUGCAUAUUUGUUUAUGUGCAUUUUUGUGAGUCUCCAUGCAUCUGAGUACACCACCUUCACUGAGAGCCUGGGAACUCUGGUUCUGGGAAUCUGUGCGCGUGUGUGUGACGCAGUGAGUGCUGUGUCAUUAAUCUGGGUGUAAUCACUACAUUUGUGCCCCUGCGGGGGUUGAUCUCUCCUCUAAUCCGCCUCUUUAUCCCUGCAUCUUCACCAUUACAUCAUUCUGACCUUUGCACCCUGGCGGGUAGUCUCAACAGCUGGCUGAGGCUGUUAAACAACAAACAACCAUGGCGAACACGUGCAGUGGAGUAACAAAAUACACAGACUCCAGGAAGUGUAGCACAAUAGAUCAGAGUAUUUGAGGAGCUAAUCCCUGCCACAAACACAGCUCUACAAAAGUGUGGUUUUGCUUGCAGGUUCUGGAGUAUUGAGACUGGGGUGUGAAUGCUCUUGCAUCUAAGAAAUGCAGUAAAAUAUAACUUGAAUUUCUGCUGGAGAUCCCAAAAGAUGUCUUUAGUGGGAAAACCUGCUUGUGUGGAAUAAUGAAAGCUUUGCACUUGAUCUACUGACAGUGUUAGCUUGUUCUUCUGCCUGAGCUUCUCUUAUAAUCAAAUCAAUAUUUCUACCGUGAAAAGCUUUCCUCCCUCCAUAUCUUGUUAGUCCACUAUCAUCGUUUGUCUGGAUGUUUUAUAUCAAGAUUGUGUUUACAUACACUCGUCAGCCAAAACAUGAGGUUCACCUGCCUCAGUCAGGGCCAUAACAGCCUAAACCUGAUGGGACAUGCACCCAAAUAAACCACUAAAGGCACCAAACUUUAGCAGUAGAUCUUUAGGUCCUAUAAGUUGCCUCCAUGAAUUGGACUAACAGCCGGCACUUCCACUGGGUAUGAGAUCUGUGAAAGUCUGAGACCAAGUCUGCAGAGUCAUGUUCCUCCAGACUACCUACUUCCAUUGACUGGUGGUGCAGCUCCGAUGCUCAAGUGCCCAUUUUAGGCACUUUUGACCAUGAUGAGUGUGGGCACCCUGACCAGUCACCCUCACAGAUCUAUAUGCAACAAACUUUGAUGCACCUAGUUUCAUGACACCUCUGUUACAUUAUCAGCAUUAACUUCACUGGCAGUCUGGCCUCCAGUAGCCCACACAGGCCAUCCUUCAUACACAUACAGAAGCCAUCCAUGACGCUGUCACUGAUUUUACUUCCUCAGACCACCACAGACUGGGAAACCCCCACAGGAGCUAUGUUUCCAUACCCCACCCAGUGACACAUACCCACCACUGCAACAAGAUAAAUAUUACUGUUGACUUCACCUGUCAGUGGUCAUAAUGUCAUGAUUUAUUGGUGUGUGUGUGUGUGUGUUUAUUUUAAAGAAUAAAGUUAUAUAAUAUUAAAGAGCAAAAGGGAAGAUUGAAGAUGUUGUACGUUUAAAUAAUGCACCCCACUCCCUGUCCUAAAACAUAUAUAAAAGAAAAGCAGAUCCAAAUUCCACACAAGUUUCUAAGAAUUGCCUGAAAUUUGUCCACUGCAAAAAAAAAAAAAAAAAAAGAUGUAAUCAUCUGCCCCGAUGUAAUCCAUAAACCGCCCUUGUAAUCACAAAUAGCUUAGUCAAAGGAAAUCCCCAAAGAGCACAAAUAAAGUGUAAAGUUUGGAUGACCAUGAAUGUAUAUCCCUUCCACUGAGAUGAAAGAUGAAGCAAACUAAGAGUGACACAGCAUCUUACCAAACGCUGACUCACUUCUCUGACUCAAAGCUGCAUCAAGACACACUUUUAAACAGCUGUGAGCAGGAGCUGGGACUGGGAACACAUUUUUUCUUCCACAGAAUGUGCCUGGAUUUAUUUGAGUGAUCUAAUUAAAGGUAUUAGGCAGAUUGGUCACCUUUCAUGUGACACUUUCAGGGAGAUUCCUCAAAAGCAUCUCACACUCUUACAAGUGAUUAAAAAAGAUUUGUCCUAAAUAUAAUAACUCACUUAGCUUCUCCUCAUCCACUUACCACACUGAUAGCUGAGAUGUAGUAAACCUGCAUCUGUGCAUUCAUAGAGCACAUCACAUAUCACUGCAAAUUAGUAUCACCUGUAUAAAGUGUGUUUGAAAGUGUGUCCUCUCUGGCUGUCCCUCAUGCAAAACAGUUGUAGUCGCAGCUGCAGUCAGAGUUUUAUAAUGAUAUGAAACAAGUUGGCUAUAAAAUUAAUUCUCUCUGUCAAAUAUUACUUUGACAAAGCACCAGAUUCUGUGUUUUUUUUCUUUGAGUAAAUCCUAAAAUUAGCUGAAUUGAAAACAGACAGAUUUUAGUGGUUCAUGGACUGCAUCUUUUUUCCAUUUCUGAGUUGAUAUAUGAAUUAUGGCACAGUAUCCAACAUCAUGUAGUAUUAGUUUCAAGUCACAUCCAACAUCUUUUUUCACAUGCACUGCGACUGCAUAAGUGCAUGAAAGAACGAGUUGAUUAAAUCAAAGCAUACAUGUGGUCAUUCAUAAUGAGGACAGCACAGACAUAAUUGCUUGCAUGUGCACUGACUUUUCUACAUUUUUAAAUAUGUGAAUUUAUCUUGUUACGUUGUUCAUCUAACAGCACAGCAACCUGAUAAGUUUCUGCAUAGAAACUCAUGGUGUGCACUUUAGGGUGGGAUGUUUUACAAACAGCUGCAAAAUAUUCUGAAAGCACAUGAGCAGAAACCUGAGAAUUGCUGUUUCACAGUUUACCAAAGCAGCCAGCUUGCACUGAAGUGGAUGAUUUGCCGUAUCCAGGUGUAGGAGUACAGCAGUUGCACUUGAAGCUGAGCUGCAUAAACUUGAAAAAUGAUCCUUGAAAUGAACUGUUCAGACAUUUUAUGGGACACUAUUUUUUUCAGUGAAUACAUAAGGCACCAAUAACACAGUGAUGUGUGUGCAUGAUAGCAGUAGGCAGCUGGGAGCCUGUGGUUGCUGGUGAAUAUUUGAUGAGAGAAUGGAUCCUCUCCAUGAGCAAGUUGAGCGCUCUGUGCAUACUCAAUCGCUCUCACACAGACACAUACAAGUACACACAUGUGUACACACACGGCAGGUGGUACAGUUUCUCCGCUGUUAGACGCUCUUACGCCGAGCAGGUGCCAGUGAAGGUGAUUUAAGAGUAUACCACAACUCCAGAUGAAGCACACUUGAAGUAGUGGUGCCAUUCAUACUUGGUGGGCUUUUUCUCAGAAGUGAUCAGGACACACACACUCAGGCAUUCAUGCAAGGUCAUCUGCUCUUUUUGACUCUGAGCUUUCAAGUGGCGAGAGAGGAAUACUGAGAGGAAGUCGAAGACAAUGACGGGCUACAAAAUGAGCAAUUAUGAGCGCACUUAUCCGUUCACUCAUAUUCAAGAGUACCUCUAUUAUUAAUAUUCAAUGCCACAUGAGCGCUUUUUACCUCAUUUCACUUAUACAAAUCUAGUCCAGAGGGUUGACUAAUCAGCAGUGCAGGCAUUUUGGACACAUAUGGCCUUAUAUCUGCAAUGGAAAAGUGAAGCACAUAGUAUACUAACAAGAAACCAGCCCUAUAAACACGUCAUCUAAAACAGGGAAGGGCAAUUAAUUUUUACAUGGGGCCAAAUGAGAGACCUGAACUGUGUUGGAGGGCCGAACCAACUUCAACUUCAAAUACGGGGGGUUCACACAUCCAGAGAAGCAAGCCCAAAUAAGCAACUACUAGUUAAAUACAAGCCCCAAAAAAAGCACACCAGCUACUCACAAGUUUUACAAGCGAAUUCUGAGAGAAACAAGCCUAAAGUCGUUUAUAAUAAGCAGACUUGGCAACUAUAAGGCGUCUACGUAUAUUUUGCCGAUGUUUAAACUUGCAGGUUUAAACAUUCGUCUCUGUUCACGAAUGCAGAUCUAGGAUGUGCGUUUUCAAAAUAAAAGCAACACACUUGUAUAGCAUGUUGAUGAUUUGAUUGACGGACCUCACAAAGGGCCGGGCAGGGACAUCCAAAGGGCCGGAUGUGGCCCUCGGGCCGUAAAAUGCCCAAGUCUGAUCUUAAACAUAAGCCUUCUAAUUACAUAUACCAUUAUUAAGAGGCUGUGAGAGUGCAUCUGAUCAAUGUCAGGUGCAUUUAUUUCUUCUGGAUAAUCCUGAAAUUAUCCAGAAGAUGUCAGGAGUUUAUGACAGUGAAGUAAAAUGUGUGUGUGAUGUCAAUGAUAAAACACUAGAUAGGCUUCAGAGGUGGGGAAAGUUAAUCAAUGAUGGAAAGCCUGGUUAUGUUCAUUUGUUAAACACUCCUGAAAAGCACUCCCCUUUAAACCUAAAAACAACAUUUACACGCCUGUAUUUCCUCCAAAAGAAAACAUACACCAGGUGAAGUAGCUGAACAAAGUUUUCCUCUGACACUGUACACUGAGGAGGGAGGAUACCUCUGGUAGUCUCAAACCUCAUCUUCUUUUACACCUCUUCAAUUAUACAGCCAGCUGUCUAGACUCCAUCAAAGCAGCUCUGCAAAUAUUCAGAUGGCCUCCUUCCUGCCAAACAUCAAGCAGCACUUUUUCGCCAAUCAGCAGUUUUCCUGCAUGCUCACACUCGUCACAGUUUUGGUCUGUGAGGUGGUAGGGUGAAUACAAUGUUCCUGCGAUUUUCAGCCACAUGCUAAGAAUUUGUGUUUGUUUAUCAGGCUUCUUGCUUUGCCACAGAAAGAAAAAGCAAUGCUAGGAACACAAUGCAGAUGUCUGCACUUUGUUGCUUUUGAAUAAUUCAGGCAACUAAUGGCUACCAGUAUUAGAUGUGUCUGAUUAAAGAAGGACAGUUGGGACUUCUAGCUAAAAGCAUUUGCCAGAUCUAAUAAAAGAUUACAUAAGUAUUUAAGCAGCUGCAUCUCUGCUGUGUCUACUGUCCUUUUCUCUUUGGACCAUGCCACUCCUUUUUCCUCUUCUUGUAUCUGCAAUGACUCCCAUCUUAAUAUGUUUAUGCUUAUCUUAACAAUCAGAGAUGUACUGUUAUCCUACCCGUUGUUUUCUAUUUUUAUUCCCUUCCAUCCUUCCCUCUUUCGCUUGUGUGACUUUGAUCAGCGCUGAUAUCCUGCUCACUGAUUUGUAGGAUGCAGGGGCGUGAACCGUGUUAUCCCUUGAACUUCCCCCCCUGACACGGCAGCAGAGGGAGGGGCUGGUGGGAAAAUCAAGAUAAGAAUGAAGGGAAAUAAGGGUGAUGUCUAGCAAGCGCUGUUCCUUUAAGAGUAUUUUUAGUUUGGCGAAUAGCAGUGGUCACUCGUCAGGAAAAAAAAAAAGAAAAAAAGCCUGGGUGGCUUAAGAGACUUGUACAGGAUUCUGGCGUGAUGCUGAGUGAGGAGAGGGGGAGGCACAAACCAGGCUCUCUUCAGUGACACGCAGUAGACCGCCAUGGCUCAGUAACUCUACCUGCAUGUACAUUUGAGCACGAUCAAGUUAUCAGUUAGUCAAUUACACUGUUGGAGUGGUAAUGCGUGACAAGUUCAGACACGAAUUUGUCUGUUAAAAGAAAGCGGACAUUCAAAUGGAAAAAGGUGAACAAACCUCUUUCAUUUCUGUUCUCUACUUCAUGACGGCCAAUAAAUUAAAACGAUAUAAAAGAAAAUUGCCCCACACAGUUGCCAAUCUCUAUGAUUCAGCAGAUAAAAUGCACAAUAUGACACGAGUUAUCAACUAUGACACUAACUUGCAUUUUAUCGUUUUGGUGCAUUCCUCUGGUCUUCUGUAGUCACGAGUCCAUUUUUUUCCCCUCCUCAGGGCAGGUCUGUAAAUUUAAUGACACUGGCAAAGUGUGUGUGAUCAAGUUACUGUAUAGAUUACAUGGUGACCCUAACAAACACACCGGCAGAGAGAGAGAGACCUAGAGACCCAGAGAAGACAGUAACACACCUCAAUGCAGGUCACCGCUCCACAGUGCUCCGGCUCCGCUCCAGAGAAAACCAUGCCGGGGAAAAACUGCUUUGCCUUCCUCAAGGGUCACAAGAGGUGUGUGUGUGUUAAUGUUUAUGUUUAAUUUCUUGAUUUUGUCCACCAAAUUCUAAAAGAAAGGGCAUGAGCAAGUCACUGUUAUUGAGCUGUUGUUGUGAAAGUUGCAUUCUCAUCAAUGGGAGUUACAGCUUAGGGAGUGAGAAACUGCUAGGCUGCAUUAUGCUUGAGUGUGGUGGCUUAAUUAAAAUGUGAGCGAGAUAAGUACUGCUACUGAGCUCUAUUUGUUUGAGUGUGUUUGUGUGCGAGAGAGCAAAGAGAGAGAGAGGGAGAGAGAGAGGAGAAGAGCGAGAGGGAAACUGGGUGUGUGGGUGCUGGCAUCAUGCUCACCGGUGCAGAGAAGAAUACAAAUGCUGUGUAAAUGUGAUGUCUUUCUAAUGGUGCAUGUCUGAGUGAGCAGAGAGGCCAUGCUGCAGAAGAGAGAAGCACAGAGGCACCUGGUCCACUGUCAGACCGGACAUGACCUCAUGUCUAUAUUAAUGUGGAGAAAAUAGGACAUACACUAAAAGUAAGCAUGGAUGGCCUAUUUAAAAAACUUAGCCCAUAUUGGUGCCCUCGGCAAAAUAAGGCACUGACACCCCAGAAUCUUGUCUAGGAGGGUAGUAAUGGGUCGCUUAGGCUGCCCUUGAAAUCUAGAUGGCCACCCUUGAUGUUCCCAAAUCUCCCAAAACAAGGAUUGAUUUGUCUUUCCAGAUGUGGGGAUAAUGGUAAAACUAGCUAGCAGGGCUUGUGACACAAGAAUACUUCUAACUUUAAACAAACUUCUAACCUUUUACCCCUAUUUCAGUUAUGAAACUGUCAGCAGGGAGUGAAUCUAGUGUUUUAUUUCCAGGACCUCAGUGCUCAGACAACCUUCCUCUUCUUCCUUCUGUAACUUGAGUCUGCUCAGUGAGUAGUGGCUGAAUGAGAGCGAGGAGAGAGUUCGCAGUGACUCGGUCUGGACAGUGGAAAUAGUUUGUUUGAAAGAUGUUAAGUCUGGAUUUUCAGGAUGGGAGGUGUUCCAGUUUUGUUUGUAGUGCAUUUGAACUCUGAGUAGUACUGACCAGUUAUGUUUCAGUAGGCUUUGAUUUAUUUGAAAAAAAAUCAGUAUGGCUCCCACUGUUGGUAAUCUAAUGAUGAUGACUACAUCUUCAGAAACACUUUUCAAAAAUUUCAAUACUAACAAAACUGUCAAAGUCUGUGUCACAAAAAGCCAUUUCUUGGCAUCCUGGAACUUAUCAUAGAGACCUAGAAAUCUGUUGAACAUACAAGAUUUUAAGAGUUGUUCUCAUCUCCUUAGACCUGAAAAAGAUUAAAAUUGCAUUUUAAUUUUCAUGAAUCUUAAUCAUGAUGCUGCUGUGUCCUUAGACUUGUGGACUGCUGAUUAGUUGUAAGUAAAUCACAAUAGGCUUGUUUUUUCUCAUGCCACUGAAGUAAGCUGGAGAAAAGCCUCUGUGGUAAAAUAACUAUUUUUGUUCUGGGAUGUACUUGGAACGGAUAAAGGGGCGCUACUCAAUCAGAUAUAAACGACCACAAAAUGACACACUCAACCUAUCAUCACCAGACAAUGAUAGAUGAUGUUUCUUAAUGGUCAUAAGACUAGCUGAUUAGUAGAUAAAUUGAAAAAUGAUACGAUGUCAUCUGUACUGCACAUAUUCUUCAUAAAAUGUGAAAGCAGUUGAUCAUUUACACAAUUUUGGGUGUCCAAAGCUUUCUGGUUUCUGUUCGAAGCCCAACUGAAGUUGUCCCCCUGCCUUUUAGUAGGUUUUGAUUGUGGGCUUGAAAGUAUAACAUGUGGGGGGAGCAGAAUGAACAGAAUCCACAAUCCCACAAACUAUCAUCUGGAGUCCUUUUAACAUUUUACUAUACACUUAAAAACAGGACCAGCUAACAAUCUGUUCUCUGGCUGAGUGCUUUAUCUCCAAAUCUGCUGUUGUUCCCUGGGUCGCUAGUUAGGUUGUAAACACUGGCAACACCGGGAUGAUUUCUUUGCUAAAAGUCUUUUAUUGCUGGGAACUUUGUAACACUGUAAAGUUGGUCAUCAUUCUGAGAAGGUAAACCAUAUUGAGAUAGAAGAGUAGGGUGGAUAAAAUUCAUGAUUUGGGCUGUCUGCUGUUUUCUCAGCUAAAUCCUCUUUCCUUUCAGUGAGAAGCUCUGGGGAUCAAAAACGUUUGUGGAUGUCUUCUUAGAGUUAAAAGAUUUCUAUGUUAGCUGGACUGCAGCUUAACUACUGAGAGGCCUGCAUGUUAAGAUGAUGUUGUGCCCUUUAUUAGACGAAUGGCCUGCCUAAGAUGUUUCUUCACCUUGAACAUGAUAGAUUUUCUCUCAAGGUGAUCAGCUUUCAGUUUCAGCCUUAAAAUCUAAAGCUGAUCUUGUUUCAUGUCAAUAAUGACUCCCAAUGCCAAAUAUCCAAGACGACAAAAGAGCUGACUGAACAAUACACGUUGAUAACUCUAUCUUCAUUCAUUGAUCAAAUAGCUUUAUGUGGUUGUGGAUUUUAAAUGUGUAAUGUGAUUUGAGGAGCUGUAUGAGGAAAGAAAAGCUCCUGUUGAAUUAAAGUAGGUUUUUUUAUCUCCACCAGGACCAGUAAAUCACACAAGAGAGCAGAAAGCAGAGACUGCAGCUGUUCAUAUCAUGAAUUUCCUGCUGGGAAUACAAUACUGUUUUCCAUGGGAAUACGUUUGAAUGGACGGGCAUUGUAAGAAAAAAAAAAGAUUCUUCCUUUGAAAGGAGUUUUAUCUCACUCCUGGUGUGAAUUAACUCAACACACAGUGGUAAAUUUAGACAAAGACACCCUCAGGUGAAGUACUUUUUAAUAUUCAAGCUUUUCAAGCUUGUUCCCAACGAGCAGCUUGAGUCCUAGUCACAUCUCAACACACACAGGACAAUCCAAUUCAUUCUUGGGUCCAUCUUUACAAAUGAGUGAUUCUGCUAAAGUCUGUGAUGCUUCAGCUGUAUGAGCACGGAUUAAAGUGUGGUCCAGCAUUAUCAGAGAGUGCGUGGGAGUAAAAAAGGAUGGUGACAGUGGAGAUUGUAGUUAUUGCUUUUAAACUGACAAGCAGGGAGAGAUCAGAAGAAAAGAACAUGAUGGCAGUGCAUCUGGUGAUUGCCUGCUGUCUUACAGUCUUACAUAAUAUUGUUGACUGACAAACACGACUAAGUCGAGGCGCAGGAUGUAAACUGUUUGAACAUCAAUAAAAACAAUGAUGAGGCAGAUGAGUGUGUUAUUUACUGCAAAAAUAACAGGCCAGAGAGUCACUGUUUGAGAUUCAAGGAUAGAUACACAACACAGUCCAUAUCUCUCACCAGAUAAUAUGUGCUGCCAUCAUACUGUAUGUUAAUCAUUCAGCUUGUGUUGACCAACUGUAAAACUCUGAGAGAUGAUCAAGACAUCUAGAAUCCAAAAAUAUUGUCUAGUACCUUAUUGUUAUCAUGAUUUUAGCAGUCUGAGAUGACUCAAAAGAUUUCCGGUCCAUUUAAAAGCUGUCAGCAAAGCUACUGCCUAUACCCCCAGAUGGAGAUUGUGCUGAUGAAUAUUUCCUGUUUGUGUGUCCGUGCGUGUUUGUGUGUGCGUCUGCGACGAAGCCAAAUCUGGCGCUUUCCAAAGAGAGACCACAGCGAUUCAGCCGCUCACACAUCAUGCAUGACGUAACUUCCACACGCCCACACACCACUUGCUCCUCAUCCUUCCCACACAUCUCACACACACUUGCCACAUACUGAAUAGGAAUGUAUUGACUAUGUGUCAUGUGCAGAUCUGCACGAGUGUGGGGGGAUGUCAUUCAUUCUUUUGAGAUUUUUUUCUUCUUACUUUGUGGCGUGUCCUCCCCUUGUUCUUCAAUCAUGUUUUUGUUUUUUUAAUAUCCAGACUGAAUUCUGUGAAGCAUUUCCAAGCAAGUGUAAAAAGUAGAUGAUUUGGUUAACACUUCAGGGCUUUGUAGUGUGAUAUCAUGCUAAAGAUUCAAAUGCUUUUCAAGGAUCAUGGUCAGGCUCACCAUGUCUCUUCAUCUGGCCUAUGCUGGAAAGAGAGAAGAAGAAUGCCAGCCAGUUUUUUUUAUCAGUCUGACAGUGGCACCAGAUAAGAUCUACCAGAUUGUCUCUUCACAUCACAUCUUCCCUGUAGAAAAACCCUUGUUGGAUGAACGCCAGAACAAGGAGGCCAGCACAGAAAGAGAAAGGGUACAGAAACCUUAGAGGUGCUGUGGGCCUGAAGGCGUUCACUUCCUAUUAUAUACAUCUCUAUUUAGUCUUGUGUAAUUUAAAAAUGCAACCGACAGCAAAAACCUUUAUUUCAUGCCCAGGAGGAAAUGUCUAGACAGUGCAUGCAGACUAUAAGAAGUACUGCAAGAGAAAAAACAGUUUCUAGUUAAGAAUACAUCUGUUUAGGCUAAAUAAAAUGGUCCCAGUCUAAAAACAAUGUAUGCCUUUACAACCAAAUUGACUGAUAUCCAAAUCUAGAAGAUGUGUGGAUUAGUAUAGAUUGUACCUGUAUUGUAUAGAUUGUAGUAUAGUGUACCUUGUCUUAAAGCAUGUCUAAACUGAUAGUUUUGCUGAUUUUUAGUUUGCCAAACUGACGUGAGAGGAAUAAGGUAUGACAGGAAUUUUCACUGCUAAUUAAGUGAUGCUUCUCCAGGCGUUCACAUUUACUCUGAAAUGAAUGAUAUGUAUUGUCUGAGAUAUGUAAAAUUGACAAAGAUUAUUUGUUGAUGCAUGUAUAUUAUGUUUUUGCUCUAUUAUUGAAAACAUUGGUUUAACACGCUCUAACAACUCUGAGAGAGUAACUAGGGCUGGGGAGUUUCAAUCAGCUUUUGCAUUUUUGUAUUUUAAUUGAAAAUAGUGCAGAGACAACAGAUCAAAUGUAACUUGAUGCCAGCAAUGCAUCUAAAGUUAGGGCAGGGUCAGUAAUACACUGAAAAAAAAUCAUAUUUUUAAACUAAUCUUGUUCAUUUGCCUUAGAGAAGUAACAUAACCUGGUGAGAGACUGUAAGAAAAUAGUUUCAAUAUACUGUUCCUCCGCAUAAAAUUGCAGCCAGUUAGGAGAUCUGAUCAUCUGGAGUAUAUUAUUAAAACAUCCUAGUAGCCUAUUGAUUUAUAGCCUUGUCCCUUUUGUACAGUAAUUUUGCCUGAUUCUCUGUAUGACACUGAUUUCAGGGUUCUCAGGCAGCACUGCAUUAAAAACAGACAUGACUGAGUAGAAAUCACUGCAUGGACUUGAAAUCACUUCCAAAUAUCCUUGCCUGGGAACACAGUUUAUAAAGCUACAUCCACAGAUGCAGGGUAAAACUGUGCCGUACAAAGAGGACAACAUAUAUAAGCAUGAUCCAGAAAUGCUAACAACUUUGCUAGGACUUAGCCUGUAUGAGAUGGGCACAGACAAAGGAGGGAAUUGUCCUGUGGUCAGAUUAAAAACCGGCCUUUUAUUUUGGAAACUGUGGACACAGCUCCUCUACUCUAAGGGGAGCAGGGUCUAUUCAGCUUGUUAUCAGUGCACAAUUCAAAAGCCAGCAUUGGUGAUGCUACGGGAAUGCAUAAUUGCCCUUAACAUUGGUGCACUUUCACAUCUGAGAAGACACCAUUUAUUCAGAACAAUAUAAACAGGUUUUGCAGCAAAAUAUGCUGCCAUCCAGAGAAUUCGUUUUUCAGGGAAGACCUUGACUAAUAAUCGCAAAAUAACACCGGACCGUAUUCGGCAUAUAUCACAACAGCUCCAUAGUAGAGUCCAAGGUUGCUUACCACCACCAACACUGAAACGAUAAAGAAAAACGAAUGAGAUCCCAGACUGUUAUGCAGCUGAAGUCCUAUAUCAGGCAAGAAUGGGACAACAGGAUAUUAUCAAAAAAAUAGAAAAUGGUCUCAUCUGUUCCCAAACCUUUAGAGUCUUGUUAAAAGAGGUUGUGGAUGGUUCAGGUGCUCCUGUCCCAACUUUGUUGUGAUAAAACAUAGCCACAAACAAGAAAACUAAACCAAACACUAUAUAUGGGAGGAACAACAAGCAGUAAGAUCUCCGACUCAGACUGAUGUCUAGCUAGACUGAUAGAUGAAUUAACUUGACAUCAUGAAGGGAUAAAGCUUGGUUGAAAAAAAAAUGGGAGUGAUCUUUCAAUAAGAGUGCUGCAAAUAUUAUAAAGCGUGGGGAUCUCAUUUCCACUGCUAAUUUAGCAUUUAGCUUAACUGAAAAAUAGCAUGUAGAUCUGUGUUCACUGAAUUCCUAAUGCAAGGAAAUGGAAGUCAGUGCUCAGUCAAUGAAUCAGCCUCUAUAGUUUUCCUGCUUGGUUGUUUAGUGAAUCAUAUGCCAGAAUAUGGUGCUUCAAACUUUUUUCCAAGAGAAAAUACACACUACUAGGUAAAGAUAUAAACACGUGAUCUGCAAAUUGGUAUUCCCCACAUGGCUCUCUCCCCUCUAGCUAAGAAUCACACGGUCGUUUCCACUCUUCCCACGAUUAUUACGGUGACAUUUUAUGUUCGUCAGCGUCGAGGUGAAAAUACAAUCUAUCAUCAUGAGGGUAAAUCUUCAGGUCUUCGCCGCUGAUCACACGUGACUCCGGGGGAAAUAAAUCGUCUUGUCCCCUUUAAUUUCAAUUUCCGUGCGUGAUAUAUAUUGUGAUCACCUGUCAGAUGCGGCGCCUGCGCACUGGAGAGGGAGGCGGAGUGGAUGCUGAUCGCUCUCUAUCUGCUGCCCUGUGCCCUCCAUCCCUCGGCGAUCAGACAGACACGGACAGGGAAAUAUCUGAGGAGGUUUGGGCGAGGACAGGGAUACAGAUCUGCGGUUGAUGAAGGUACUUCUUUCUCGGCUUUCACAGGAAUAUACGGCGGUUCAGUGUUUGACAUUGUGACCAUGGAGGGUGAAGGAUGCUCGGCUGCAGGAUGGGAGGAGAUGAGUAGGGGGGGAAACACGGUGUGGAUAACAGAUGGUAUUUCCACAGAUGCCGCCGUAAAAAACAGGGAUUUUGGUGGGUUUCCUUGGGGGAUUUGUCCGGUUAUGAAGGGGAAAGAAUCGGUUUAGGUGAAGACUUUUCUGAAAUCUUCACAGGUUCCUUGUCAAGGGCAUGGAAAAGGGUGAUAAAUUGCUUUAUCCCUCUAUGCUGAGAGCUGUCACCACUUGGUAUUCUCAGAGGACUUGCAUGUUGGACUGUGUGCUGUUUUUAGCACGAUAAAACGCUGUAUUUACACCGACCCCUUGAGCUGCUUUUUCGGGUGCCGGUGCUUUCUGCAGGCUGGGUGGAGUUAAUGUUAAACCCCUCUAUUAUACAGUUCAGAUCUCAUCGCAUACCUAUACUACUCCGGAUUCUGCUUUUACUAAGGGAAAGUAUCACUGGCAAUUCACUUUCCAUGCAUAAUCUGACGGGCCCCUACCCGGAUGUGCCCGCAGUUUUCUCCAGAGAGAGCGCUAGAUUUCCUGUGUUUACUCGUCUUGCUGCUGUAAAACAUGUCCUGCAUGAUAUUGCUCACUGCACGACACGCGUUGGUUUAGGCUACGGGCGAGGAAAACACGAGAACGUGAUCACUGGAGGAUGGUUUAGCGUCUGUCAGUAGCAAAAAAAAAAGAGUAAUCCGGACCCGUGGGCCCACACUGGAUGGUUAUUUGUAUGUGAUUUGUAGUGGCUGGGUGGUGUGAGAGAGGUAACCGCCUCCUGUGCUGCACAUUGCUGCCUGGCUUGAAAAGGGGUUUGUGUCUAUAGGCUGAAAGCAGCAGAGCGGCUCGGACCCUCUCCAUGGUGCUGAAAGCAACAGUCCGAGCGGAGUAAAUCAAAGUGAGGCAGAAUCAUUAAUGCCUCUCUGUGUGUAGGGGCGACGAUUGCAAUGUAAACGAUAAUCAUUUCAGCCUGAAUAAAAGUCAAUUAUAAAUAUCGUGAUUUAGGUUGUACCACAGAGGCAGAUUUACAGUCUUCUCAAGUGUACAGAUCUUAUUAAAGAUGAGUGCUGAAACCAAAUGUAGGGAAAAAAAGAGCUCUCUUAAGAGGAACUAUUAACACACCCAACUAGAUUGAAAAAAAAAAAAUUCUUAACAUAUUCAAAGACCCACCUUAGAGUGUAAAACACUGACUGGAUAAGGUUUCCUCUUCAUCACACUUUGUCAUGCGGUUGCUGCAGUAGGGGAGAGUGGGGUAAGAUGAGCCAUUUUUCAUAUUUUGGAUCACUACAUCAAGGCAAUCAUAGUUUGGUCUAACUAGUGUAUCUGCAUAUAUUUCAAGAUGUUGUGCAUCCCUGCCAACCAACAGAAUGAGUGUAAACAUAACUGUCUUGAAAAUAUAGCAUGCCAAAAAAAGUGGUCUCCUAUGGUCAACUUACCCCGUGUAUGGGGUAAGUUGACCAUAGGAGCGGGGUAAGUUGAGCCGUAUCCAUACUACCACCCCACUCUCCACCCCGGCCCUCCCUCACCUUCUCUCUCCCUAAAUAACAGUCACUUCUUCACAUUCAUGUGUAUUUUUAUCUAUUAUACGCUAUUCAACUGGUACAAUAAUUCUUUUUAUUAUUGCAUGUAACUGCUAAAAAGCCAUUUUGUAAAAAGUCAUUUUAACAUGAGAAUGUCUUUAAGUGAUUCAGAACAUUCACAGCUGUAUUUUUGAAAAGAAAAAGUGACACAUUUCAACAAUCUGAACUGAAACUCUGAUCCUCUCAUCAGACUCCUUUACUUUAACAGUUGAACCACUGGAUCAACUUACCCCAGAACUACUAUUAUGACUUUAUUAGUCCUCUGAGCUAAAAUGGUGGACUUUAAUCAUAUGUCUUUGACCUCAUGUUGUAGCUCAUAGAUACCACAAUUGAUGUAUACAACUAAUUUAAAAUAAUCUUUUUUGGUCUGAACACAAUUCUAAUCAAACUUAUGACAGACUAAAUUCACUUUCAAGAGUGAUUUUGUUGUAAAUAAAUGUCUAACCUCUUCACUCAUGUGCUUCUAACCUUCACAGACUCCAUAAAUUGAUGCCCAUCUCCUAAAUAUUUGGUCACAUGAUCAAUUUCUUUGACCAUUUCCAAGCAACAGGGGGUGGCUCAACUUACCCCAAUCUCCCCUUCUGUAUUUUUCUAAGACAUUUUUACAAAUGUCCACAUCCUCUUUGUGUAUGUCUUGGACUUGUCUUGUUACCUGCCGACUCACACAUCACCUCUGUCUGUUUCUCGAUAUUUAGGAAGUCUGAUGUUGAUGCCGAGCCAGAGGAGAGCCCAGGAAGCAGCAGCAGCAGUAGCAGCAGCAGCAUUGGGACUGUAGAUGCCCUCUCCACAGCUCCAGCCACAGCCCCCCCUCAGGCCUCUGCAGGAGAGGCAGGACAGAGAGGAGACAGCUCCUGUUCUGACUCAGACAGUCCUGUAGAGUCCAGCUCCUGUGAGGAGGAGGAGGAGGAGGAGGAGGAAGAGGAGGGGGAGGAGGAGGAGGAAGACCCCAAUAUGUUUUCCUCCAAGUUCCUUAGCGGGGCUAACCCCCUGAAUGCUGUGUCAUCAGCUGUGAAUAAGUUUGGAUUAUUUGGGGAUGAAGGGGAGGGCAAUAAGAGUCAGAAAGCCCCUCCACAGCAAGGGGCGCCACCAUCUGGAGGACAGCAGCCAGGAGCAAGCCCUGGCAAGGGCCCUCAACAGCAGCAGGGACCCCAAAAAUCAGGCCAGGGCCCCUCUAUGCAAAAGGGCCAGCCUCCCCCAAAGCAAGGACCACAGCAGCUGCAAGGGAAUGGACAGCCAGGGCCACAACAAGCUGCUCCGAAGGCGCAACCUGGAGGUCAGAUUAAAGGAGACCCACAGAAAAAUCAGCCCAAGGGCCAAUCACAGAAUGGUUCACCUAAACUUGGCGCUCAACAACAGAGCCCAGCUAAAAGUGGAACACAACCAGAACCUUCAAAGGCAUCAUCACAAGUACCACCGAAGUCAGGGAUGCCAAAACAAGGGGCUGUUAAGACUGGGGCGCAAGAGCCUUCAAAGACUGGGUCACAAAGAACGGGCUCACAGCAAGGGUCACCUAAACUUUCCCAGCAACAACAGGGGACAGCCAAGCCGGGACAACAGCAGCAGGAAGGCACCAAGGGACCUGGUGCACCUGGCCUGUCUCAGACAGGGUCUUCAUCACAGGGAGCAACCAAAGCUGGCCCUCAGUCCAAAGUAGCAGCUAAGUCCCUUUGCCCUGUGUGUAAAACAACAGAACUUAAUAUGCACACCAAGGAACCACCAAACCAUAAAACCUGCACACAGUGUAAAACAGAAGUGUGCAGCUUGUGUGGCUUCAGCCCUCCGGACUCCAAUGUAAGUACUGGCUCAGUCUGUUGAUUUUGUGUCAUAUAUUAUCAUACAUUUUUUCCUUUCUCUUUGCUUUGUUCAAGACAAAUUUUACAUUCAUUUCAGUCUUACUGUUUGCUUUUAAUUCUAUACAGUCAUUAUUGGCCAUUGAAAACUAUUUCUUUAUGUCGUCCAGCCUGAGUCAUGAAAUUACUUGAAUUUUCAAUGAGCCAGCUUGAGCCGACUUUCACUUGGAGAAAUUGUUAUUGUUGAUUUUAAUCUGCCUUUAAAUGGUUUUAUAAUUAAUGGUGUUUUCUGAACCAACAUUUUUCUUUCUUCAACUUUGAAUGUCAUUAUUUUUUCACUGUCCAAUUACAUGUUUUUCUCUAUCUGUUUGUAUAGGGGCGUGAGUGGCUGUGUCUUACUUGCCAGAUACAGAGAGCUCAAGGAACUCCUGAACCAACAGGACCAUCCAUGACAAAGCCCUCACCAAACAAAGGUUCUGCUGCUCAAAAACAACCCCCAUCUCCUUCUCCAGCUGUGAAAAAAGAGAUGGCUACUCCAGGUUCACCUCAGAAAAUGCAGUCUACAUCCCCCAAAGUGCCAGUCAAGGGUGAGGUAGCUAGAGGGCCAGACAGUCAAAAACAAGUCAGUCCAGCGCCUGUUCAGAAAACAACACCUGUAACUGAGAGAAGAGGGUCUCAAAAACCAGACGAGACUAGUCAAACUGGACGUAAGCAAAGCGGUGCGACCCCAGCUCCCCAGCAGGACUCAGGAGGUUUAUUUGGCUUUGGUGGCUCUAAAACUGGAGCUGCAAAGCCUGAAGAGUCUGUGAAAGGAAAGAUGUUUGGUUUUGGUUCCUCUAUUUUUAGUUCUGCAUCUACUUUGAUAUCCUCAGCUGUUCAGGAUGAACCUAAAACCACACCGCCUAUUUCUCCCAAGAUGCAGACCAAACCAGUACAGGACAAGAAACAAGAGCAAACCCAGGAUGGUAAAGCUCAUCCAGCAGGACAGAACAAGGGGGACAAAGCUACAAAAGACACUCAAAAGGCAGCAGCAGCACCCAAUAAUGUUUCCAAACCAGGCCAAACAACGUGUCCUAUCUGUAAGAUGGUCCUAAAUAAGGGCUCAAAGGAUCCUCCCAACUACAACACCUGCACAGAUUGCAAAAGUACUGUUUGCAACCAAUGUGGAUUUAACCCCAUGCCAAAUGUUAAAGAGGUAAGACAUGGUUGAUAUUACUGUAUAAGGAGGAAGGAAGGAAACUUCAACACUCAAACACAAAUCCCCAUCUCAUUUGUUCAUUCACAUACAAAUGGCUUUUGUAUAUUGAGUGAUCUGGUCAUGGAAAAACCAAUCAGCAGAUUCAUUCUUGGUUGUAACAUUAUUAUCUUAUUAAAUAUUAGAUAUUCAAUACUUAGAUACUGCACAGUAGGGCGUUAACGCUUCUUGUGAACAAAGUGACUGAUAUAUGUUUUAUUUUUAGUCUUUUUCCUGGACUGUAGCUAGCUGCAAAGCUUUUUUCUAUGUUUCAAUAUUCUCCUCACAGUGUAGUCUCCAGUAAGACUGUCAGAAGUCUGUGUCAGACCCUUACAUGGAAAAAAUAACAGCCCCACACAUCUCCUGGGUCACAUCUUUCCCUUUAACUCUUAGUAAAUAGUAUUAAUAAUGUUCUUGUCAUCCUUUGAUUACAUGCAAAAAUGUUGUGAAGGCUGUAUGCAGAAUACACACACACACACACCAACAACAGAAAUAUAGCACGUGGGGAUUAUCUUGCAGGGAAUACCACACACAGGGCUAAUGGAUGUGGCUUCUUUCAGGGUAUCUCAGGCACAAAAGACUUGACACUUGACUCUGUAAUUCAAUGCACUGUCAGUACGUUACCUUGGCCAAGGACAGUGUGUGGCUACUUGAUCAUGUGAUACUGCUUAAAUUCAUGUUUAAACCAGGAACAGGAUUGGUUGAUUUGUCAGUGCUUUUGCAAACACUGUCAUACUGAUAUAUAGUAUUUUCCUUAAUUUGCAUAUUGUAAACAAUAUCAUCAGUAGGGGCUUACUUUAUGAAGAUGACUUUUGCACACUGAUGAUGACUGAAUGAUGCGAGUUCUUUAUUGAAAUACUAAAUUUAAGUUUGUUUACCCACUGUGUUUUAUUUUAAGGGAAAGGAGUGGCUUUGUCUCAACUGUCAGGUGAAACGAGCUACUGCUGGGAUUAAAACUGAAAAAGAGAAACCUUUGGUCAACUCAUCAGAGAAAAAAGCUACUCCGGCUCAGCCUGCUUUACAAAAAACUUCCGCACCAGGUUCUCCUCAGAGAAAAGCAUCCACACCAGCAGCACAAGCAGUCAAGGCAGAGGCCCCCGACAGUAAAAAACAACCUAGUCCAGCUCCUGUUAAGAAAACGCCACAAGAAAGCCAACAGAAAGGACCUCAGAAACAACCAGUACACACAAGCCAAACAGUGCAAAAGCAGGGGAACGUCCCUACACCUUCACAGCAGGACUCAGGAGGGAUUUUUGGUUUUGGUGGUGGUAAAAGUCAGGCUGAUGCUGCAAAGCCUGCUGAGUCAGUCACAGGGAAGAUGUUCGGCUUUGGCUCCUCUAUCUUCAGUUCUGCAUCAACGUUGAUAACCUCAGCAGUCCAAGACGAGCCUAAAACAACCCCUCCAGUUUCUCCUAAAAUCUCUGGUGCAAAGGAUUCCAAAUCCCCCUCUGCCAAGAAACCAGAUCAGGAAAUAAAAUCGGAGCAACUUCCUCAGACCAAGGGACCUGCCCCGGCACAUUCAAAGGUAGAAAAAACCCCAUCAGACCCAUCAAAGAGAGCUUCAGUCUCUUCCAAAGCAGGCCCAUCUACAUGCCCUCUUUGUAAACUGGAACUCAACGUGGGCUCCAAAGAUCCUCCCAACUACAACACCUGUAGUCACUGCAAAAAUACUGUCUGUAACCAAUGUGGAUUCAGUCCCAUGCCAAAUGUUAAGGAGGUAAGCCUAUAAAAUUGCUGUUGAUCUCAGAAAAAUUACUCUAGCAUGAUUGCCACACUGACUUUCUUAUUUGCUGUGUAAUUAAUUUAAUUUUGGAAAUUAACUACAUCCACUUACUCCACAACAUUAAUCUUAAUUUUAUGCAUGAACUGUUUAUUUUUCUAUAGGAGAAGGAGUGGUUAUGUCUCAAUUGCCAGAUGCAGAGAGCACUAGGAGCAUCUGAGCCUCCUGGAACUCCCAUGAUGAAGCUACAGGCCUCUCCAAACAAAGUCACAGCACCUGCCAAAGACAAAAAUAAGGAACCUUGCCAACAAGAUGCACCUCAAAAGAAAGACUCUUCAACACCUGCUGGACCUACAACAACAAAGCCGACAUCUACGCCAGGUUCCCCUCAAAGGAAACCAUUAAAACCGGCAGAGCAGCAGGUUAAACCUGAACAAAUGAAAGUACCGGAAAGUCGCCCAACACCUGGUCAGAGGAGUCCUCAGGAGAGUCGAAGGGCAGAUCCUCACAAACCACCAGACCAGACGAGUAAAACGGAACGUAAGCAGAGCACCUCUUCGGCUCAACAAGCAGAAUCUACUGGGUUCUUUGGAUUCGGUGGCCCUAAACCUCAACCUGAUGUUGCAAAACCUGCUGAAUCACUGGGUGGGAAAAUGUUUGGCUUUGGCUCCUCAAUCUUUAGCUCUGCAUCAACAUUAAUGAACUCAGAAAAGACACCACCUGCUUCUCCGAAAAUGUCUGCCACAAACAUAUCAGAGAAAAAACCAGAACAAGUACAACAGCCCAAGACCUCUCCAUCGCUACAAUCCAAGGUAGACAAAGUUCCAUCAGAGUCUCCAAAGGAUGCAGCAGCUUCCCCAUCUGUAUCCAAGAAAGGCCCAUCUGUCUGUCCACUCUGUAAAGAGAAACUCAACAUUGGAUCCAAGGAACCUCCCAACUACAACCACUGCACUGAAUGCAAAAACACCGUCUGUAACAAAUGUGGAUUUAAUCCAAUGCCAAAUGUUUCAGAGGUAAAAGAAAGAUGCCAAUAUCUCUCAAAUAGAAAAAUACCUCAAAACUAUAAAGAUUAAAGUUACAUUAUACUGCUUGUAGCACAUACAGUUUACGAAGUGCAUGGUAGAGCAAUUGCAUAAUUUUUUUUUCACUUUUUAUUUUACAGGUAAAGGAAUGGUUAUGCCUCAACUGUCAGAUGCAGAGAGCUCUCGGGUCAUCGGAACUUACAGCACCUCCUGUAAAACCUCAAAAUGCAGCCACCAAAAUUUCUCCGUCUUCUGCACCUGAGAAAAUAACUACACAUGAGAAAGAGGAAACACUUAAAAAGGAACUAACAAAAUCUGAUGCAACCCCAAAGCCAAAUCCAGUGGCUGAUACACUCUCCAAGAAGGGAAGUUCCACACCAAGCUCUCCCAAGAAAACACAACCAACAGGAGUAACACCCGCAGCGAAGACUGCAAAGGAACCAGGUAGUGACACACAAGACAGCCCAACUCCUGGCAAGAAAACAACACCAGAUCAGGUAGGGGCAUCACAGUCUCAGAAACCAGUGUCCAAGGCUGAUGAACCAGGAAUAAAACAGAAGACAGUCUCCCCAGAUCCAAAGCAGGAAACAGGGAGCCAAUCUGGCAUAAGUGGUCUAAAAACAAAGCCUGACAGUUCAAAAACAACUGAGUCAGUGACUGGGAAGAUGUUUGGAUUUGGUUCUUCCAUUUUUAGCUCAGCAUCCACUUUGAUAUCAUCUGCUGUUCAGGAAGAAUCACGCACUACACCACCAAGUUCCCGUAAGAUGUCUGCACCAGCACAUGUUUCCCCCAAGUUGUCCACUGGGCCCAAGAUUUCUCCAAAAAGCACACCAACAGUUUCUCCCAAAAUGUCACCAGCAAGAGAGCCUAAAUCACCCAUUCGCAAUCCAGAACAGGAGAGGAAAGCAGAGCUAUCCAAUCAAAGCAAAGUGGACAAAGCUCCAUUACAACCACCAAAAGCAGCAACAGCUGCCCAAACAUCGUCUGCUGCAGCCCAGUCCACCUGUCCACUAUGCAAGGUUGAGCUUAACCUUGGAUCCAAGGACCCUCCAAACUACAACACCUGCACCGGAUGCAAGACCACUGUCUGUACUCAGUGCGGGUUCAACCCAAUGCCAAUGGGAGAGGUAAGUGAUGUAAAACAUAAGAUUAGAAACCAAAGGAAAAAUGUCUUCAUUCAGUGCACACUAUCAUAGUUCCUGUCUGUUGAUUUGUUCAGUGUUUGUUAUUCUGUAAACUGUGACCCAUUUAACAAUGCUCUUAUUAAGAGGAGUGCAUUAAUGAGGGAUUUGAUUUUUUGUCUGAAUGGAUACCAUUGUGUCUGUUUCAUUUUAGGCGAAGGAGUGGCUAUGUCUGAACUGCCAGAUGAAAAGAGCAGUGGAAGCAUCUGAACCUCCAGGACCUCCUUCAUUGAAAUCCCAAACCUCUCCAAGUAAAGCACCGCCACCUGCUGCAGUCCAAGUAAAGGACUCUUCUAAACCAACUAUGACUCAAAAGAAAGAAAGUCCAGAAAUGGCUAAACAGAAGACUGCAGAGCCAGAGUCACCUCAGAGAAAGAAGUCCACAGCAUCACUGCAGUCUGGGAAGCCAGAGGCAGCCACUCCACUGCCAAAGAAAGACAGCCCAGCUACUGCUCAUAAAGUACCUGAAGAAAGGCCAAAGGCAGGUUCAAAGGAGACACUGAAGCAGGAAAACCAAGCUCAACGCAAACAGAGUACUGCUUCAACAUCCUCACAGCAAGAAUCAGGUGGUUUCUUUGGUUUUGGUGGUGGUAAAAGUCAACCUGAUGCUGCAAAGCCUGCUGAGUCAGUUUCUGGAAAAAUGUUUGGCUUUGGUUCCUCUAUCUUCAGUUCUGCAUCUACUUUAAUCACCUCAGCUGUUGACCAGCCCAAAACUACUCCCCCAGUUUCUCCAAAGCUUUCCCCAGCAAGAGAGGUCAAGGCACAGGAUGCUAAGAAGCCUGAACAGCAAAAGAAACCAGAGCAGGUCCCACAAACCAAGACAACACCAUCUGGACAGGUUAAAGAUGACAAAGCCCCAUCAGAGCCACCAAAGCCUACAGAAGCGCCACAAGUACUUGUCAAACCAGGCCAGUCCACCUGUCCACUCUGCAAUAUCAAGCUCAACCUUGGUUCAAAAGAUCAACCAAACUACAGUUCUUGUACUGAAUGCAAGAGCACUGUCUGCAACCAGUGUGGCUUUACCCCAAUGCCUGCAGGAGCGGUGAGUAAACAAAUGCAAAGACAUUUUCUGACAUAUUUCUUACCUGCUAUACACAUCUCCAGGAAAAACACUGUUGUCACAUUUAAAACCUUUUAUACAUAUUUACAAAUAAGUGCAACAUUUUCAUGAUAAAUGACAAGAUUUUUUUACAAUUUAAAUAAUUUUGUUUUUCUUGCAUAUUUAAGAUUGGUGCCCAUUUUGUAUAUUCCAAAUUCGAAUGUGCCAUAAAAUAAGCCUUCCUCUGCAUUUUAGGUUAAAGAAUGGCUAUGUCUGAACUGCCAGAUGAAAAGAGCAGUGGAAGCAUCUGAACCUCCAGGACCUCCUUCAUUGAAAUCUCAAACCUCCCCAAGUAAAGCACCGCCACCUGCUGCAGUCCAAGUAAAGGACUCUUCUAAACCAACUACGACUCAAAAGAAAGAAAGUCCAGAAAUGGCUAAACAGAAGACUGCAGAGCCAGAGUCACCUCAGAGAAAGAAGUCCACAGCAUCACUGCAGUCUGGGAAGCUAGAGGCAGCCACUCCACCACCAAAGAAAGACAGCCCAGCUACUGCUCAUAAAGUACCUGAAGAAAGGCCAAGGGCAGGGUCAAAGGAGGCACCGAAACAGGAAAUCCAAGCUCAACGCAAACAGAGUACUGCUUCAACAUCCUCACAGCAAGAAUCAGGUGGUUUCUUUGGUUUUGGUGGUGGUAAAAGUCAACCUGAAGCUGCAAAGCCUGCUGAGUCAGUUUCUGGAAAAAUGUUUGGCUUUGGUUCCUCUAUCUUCAGUUCUGCAUCUACUUUAAUCACAUCAGCUGUUGAUCAGCCCAAAACUACUCCCCCAGUUUCUCCAAAGCUUUCCCCAGCAAGAGAGGUCAAGGCACAGGAUGCUAAGAAGCCUGAACAGCAAAAGAAACCAGAGCAGGUCCCACAAACCAAGACAACGCCAUCUGGACAGGUCAAAGAUGACAAAGCCCUGUCAGAGCCACCAAAGCCUACAGAAGCACCACAAGUACUUGUCAAACCAGGCCAAUCCACCUGCCCACUCUGUAAUAUCAAGCUCAACCUUGGUUCAAAAGAUCAACCAAACUACAGUUCCUGUACUGAAUGCAAGAGCACUGUCUGCAACCAGUGUGGCUUUACCCCAAUGCCUGCAGGAGCGGUAAGUAAACGAAUGCAAAGACAUCUUCUGACAUAUUUCUUACCUGCAAUACACAUCUCCAGGAACAAUACUGUUGUCACAUUUAAAAUCUUUUUAUAGAUAUUUACAAAUAAGUGUAACCUUUUCAUCAUAAAUGACAUGAUUUUUGUACAGUUUAAAUAAUUUUGUUUUCCUUGCAUAUUUAGAUUGGUGCCCAUUUUGUAUUUUCCAAAUUCAAAAGUGCCAUAAAAUAAGCUUUCCUAUGCAUUUUAGGUUAAAGAAUGGCUAUGUCUGAACUGCCAGAUGAAAAGAGCAGUGGAAGCAUCUGAACCUCCAGGACCUCCUUCAUUGAAAUCUCAAACCUCCCCAAGUAAAGCACCGCCACCUGCUGCAGUCCAAGUAAAGGACUCUUCUAAACCAACUACGACUCAAAAGAAAGAAAGUCCAGAAAUGGCUAAACAGAAGACUGCAGAGCCAGAGUCACCUCAGAGAAAGAAGUCCACAGCAUCACUGCAGUCUGGGAAGCUAGAGGCAGCCACUCCACCACCAAAGAAAGACAGCCCAGCUACUGCUCAUAAAGUACCUGAAGAAAGGCCAAGGGCAGGUUCAAAGGAGGCACCGAAACAGGAAAUCCAAGCUCAACGCAAACAGAGUACUGCUUCAACAUCCUCACAGCAAGAAUCAGGUGGUUUCUUUGGUUUUGGUGGUGGUAAAAGUCAACCUGAAGCUGCAAAGCCUGCUGAGUCAGUUUCUGGAAAAAUGUUUGGCUUUGGUUCCUCUAUCUUCAGUUCUGCAUCUACUUUAAUCACAUCAGCUGUUGAUCAGCCCAAAACUACUCCCCCAGUUUCUCCAAAGCUUUCCCCAGCAAGAGAAGUCAAGGCACAGGAUGCUAAGAAGCCUGAACAGCAAAAGAAACCAGAGCAGGUCCCACAAACCAAGACAACGCCAUCUGGACAGGUCAAAGAUGACAAAGCCCCAUCAGAGCCACCAAAGCCUACAGAAGCGCCACAAGUACUUGUCAAACCAGGCCAGUCCACCUGUCCACUCUGCAAUAUCAAGCUCAACCUUGGUUCAAAAGAUCAACCAAACUACAGUUCCUGUACUGAAUGCAAGAGCACUGUCUGCAACCAGUGUGGCUUUAACCCUAAUCCAACUGAAACAGUGGUAAGCAGUAUUCCUUAUUUGAUUAUUUAUAAAUCGGUACAGAGAAUAUUAAAACCAAGAUACAUUUGUAUUCAGUAGUUUUCAGUGACUUUCCUGUGCAUGCCUUUUGUAAUUUAUUUCAUGAGUGAGUUAUCUGAGGUCCUUCUGUUUGUUUCUGUUUCUUCAUCUACACAUCAGCUUCUGAAGUGCUCCGAUAAUUACUGCAUAACACAUUCAACUAAGACUAACUUCACAAAGAACAUUACAUAAAAGUGUAAAAUUAUACCCCUUUUUUAUUUUUAGGUGAAGGAGUGGUUAUGUCUCAACUGUCAGAUGAAGCAGGCAGUGGGAGAAACACAGCCCCCAGCUCCUGCAAGCUUACAGAUAACUGCAAAGCCCCCAAAGAAAGAGGUCCCUGGCACAACUGAGCCUGAGAAGACAGAGCCAUCAGGAAUACAGUCACCUAAGAGAAAACCAUCUGUAACAGCAAAGCCAGAUACAUCUGAGACUGCUGAAGAGCCAAAGGGUCAGAAAAGGCCACAAGAGGUCAGAAAAACAUCUGGCCCCAUCAAAAUACCUGACCAAACCAGAGCAACUGAACGUAAGCAGAGUAACGCGACAGAGGCAGCUCUGCAAGACACAGGUGCAAAGGAGGCACCAAAACGGGAAAACCAAGCUCGACGCAAACAGAGUACUGCUUCAACAUCCUCACAGCAAGAAUCAGGUGGUUUCUUUGGCUUUGGUAAAAGUCAAUCUGAUCCUGCAAAGCCUGCUGAAUCAGUAACUGGGAAAAUGUUUGGCUUUGGUUCCUCUAUCUUCAGUUCUGCAUCUACUUUAAUCACCUCAGCUGUUGAUCAGCCUAAAACUACUCCCCCAGUUUCUCCCAAACUGUCCCCUGCAAGAGAGGUUAAAUCUCCUGCUGACCAGAGAAAAGAACAACAGAAGAAGCCAGAGCAACCCAAGCAAACACCUCAGUCAGUCCAGGCUAAAGUGGACAAGGCUCCAUUAAGUGCUACAGCAGCCCCCCAAGCCACAGCAAAACAAGGCCAGUCUGCUUGUCCACUCUGCAAGGCAGAACUCAAUGUGGGUUCCAAAGACCCGCCUAACUACAAUACCUGCACUGAAUGCAAGAACACUGUCUGUAACCAGUGUGGAUUCAACCCCAUGCCAAAUGAGUCCCAAGUAAGUGAGAUUAAAGGAAAGGGAUUAAUGAGGGAAAGUAUAAUGAUAUCCUAAUUUAUGACUCAAACUAUGAAAUACCAGUCCAAUUGGAUGGAUGAUGUAUUUAAUCUAAAAUUAGGUCUUUUUGUGGUUUUAGAUCCUACACUUCAGUGUCAUCCUUUAAACUUAUACUUCUAGCAGACACAAACUUAAUGAAGCUUGUGUUUCUUUCACAGGUAAAGGAGUGGUUGUGUCUCACUUGUCAGAUGCAAAGAGCUCUAAAAGCAUCUGAAUCAUUGGAGCCUCCACUGAUGAAACCCAAGGAAUCACCCAACAAAGUGUCUUCACCUGCUACUGCUCCGAAAGAUGCAACUGCAAAUAAGAAGACAGAGAGUAUUUCCUCACAGAAAACAGUGCCUGGCAAAGAACAAGACAGUCCAACACCAGGUGCUCAGCAUAAGAAAGAAGAAACCAAACCCCUACCUCACACGGAUAUCACUCAAACAUCGAAAGCAGACCUACCACUUGCAAAAGAUUCCAAAGAAACUGUCUCGGCCCAAACUUCUGAUGGAAAAGCUGCAUCACAAGUUCCUGCCUCUGAUGCACCUCAGAGUAAAGAGAUGAAGACCAUGGUUUCAGACUCAAAUAAACCCCAGCUUGUUCAAUCUCCUCCUGUCAAAACUGAUUCUGUAACUUUGACCCAGGAGAAAAAGGAGAAAGUACCAUCAAGUUCUCCUGCAGUUAAAGAAGUAAAUGAAAAGAAAGAGGAGAAAGCUGCCAUAGUGCAGAAAUCAGCUGUUCAACCAGUAACACCCCAAGAUAAAGUACAGCAGCAACAAGCCUCAAGCACAGAGUCUAAAGCUGUUGAAAAACCUCUUGACAAAUCUACUCCUUCAGCAUCACAGCCUGCAAAUCAAGAAUCUGGAGGUUUCUUUGGCUUUGGUAGUCCUAAAUCUCAGCGAGCUGCCUCAAUAACAACCGAAGCAGUGACUGGAAAGGUGUUGGGAUUUGGUUCAUCCAUCUUCAGUUCAGCAUCCACUUUGAUAACAUCUGCAGUUCAGGAUGAGUCACGCACAACACCACCAAGCUCGCGCAAAAUGUCUGCUCCAGCUCAAGUUUCUGACAAAAUGUCUGCGUCACAGAAGUCCAGCCCUCCAGUUCCUGUUAGGAAAACUUCAUUGAAGGAGGAAAAACCUUCUGCCGCAGUGGUACCAAAUCAAGAAAAGAAGCCAGAUCAACUUAAGCAGACUGAGGUUCUUCCAUCAGAAAAGGCCAAGGUGGACUUAUCAGCAGCCCCUCCAACUGCUCCUAAAGUGGGAAUGUCUGCUUGUCCCCUCUGUAAGGCAGAACUAAACAUAGAGUCCAAAGACCCUCCUAACUACAAAACAUGUACUGGAUGCAAAUCAACUGUCUGCAGCAAAUGUGGAUUUAGCCCAAUGCUGAACGCAACAGAGGUAGUGUAACAACUUAAAACUGCAGUGACAUCAGUCUCUGUAUUUCGUAUUAUUUAAAAAAUAUAUAUUUCUUAGCCUGUUUCACCUCAUUAUUGUUAGAUUUGUUGUUUUUUUUCUUCUCUUUCUCAAAAAGAGAAAGGGCAGUAAAACCAACUGAGUUCCAUUUUCUCUCUCAUGUUUCUGAGUUGAAAUUAAUGUAAAUCCCAAAAACAAGAAGGUAUUUGGACUGCUAUAUACUGUAUGUUGUUCUCUUGACAGUGUGGUUGAGCAGAUGAAAGACUCUCACUCAUAUUCUGUGUUUGUGUUUUCAGGAGAAGGAAUGGCUUUGCCUCAACUGUCAGAUGCAAAGGGCCCUUGGAGCUUCUGAACCUCCUGGCCUCCCCAUGAUAAAACUCCAGCCCUCACCAAUCAAAGAGGUUCCUGGCACCACACAGAAGAAGGAGACACCAUUGCCAACAGCUCAGGAAGACAUCACUAAACCAUCUGCAACUGUGAGUGAGCCAGUACCAACCAAAGAAACUAAAGUUCAAGCCCUGGAUGCAGCAAAGAUGGAGGCCUCUUCGGCUGCUCCACUGCCUGACAAAAUUGCUCCAUCCCCAGCAACAAAGGCUGAUGUUUCACCGUCUGCGCAAACACCUUCUAAAGAGGCAACCAGGGGACCACCUAGUGCACCCCAACAGCAGCCACCAAAAGUUCCCCAAACAGAUCCAGCGGCAGGAAAGCCAGCACAGCAAAAGCUGCCACAAGCUGUGUCUUCUAUUGCAAAGCCUACUCCUCCACCCAAUCAAGAAGUGGGAAAGCCACCCUCACAACCACCUGCAAAAACUGGUACCUCUCCAGCAAAAUCUGCCCCACCACCAACUCAGCCUGCAAAGCAAGAUACAGGUGGCUUCUUUGGUUUUGGUGGUCCUAAAACAACACCUGCUGCAAAGCCUGCUGAGUCAGUGACUGGAAAGAUGUUUGGUUUUGGGUCAUCUUUCUUAAGCUCUGCAUCCACUUUGAUAACCUCUGCUGUCCAAGAUGAGCCUAAAACUACACCACCGACUCCACGAAAGAUGUCCACCACUGCCCAGGUCUCUCCUAAACCAACACCGCCAGCCUCUCCCAAAAAGUUACCUGCAAAGGACAUCAAGACCCCUCAGGAGAAGAAAGCUGAGGAAACACAGCAGAGAAAGACUUCAUUAACCGAACAAGCAAAAGCGAAUAAAGCUCAGCCAGAGCCUGCCAAGACACCGAUACAGAGCAAAGGGGCUCCCAAAGAGGAUGUCUCCAUCUGUCCACUCUGUAAGGUUAAGCUCAACAAGGGCACCAAAGACCCUCCAAACUUCAACACUUGCACAGAAUGCAAGACAACUGUCUGCAACCAAUGUGGGUUCAAUCCCAUGCCGAAUGUGGCAGGGGUAAGUCAGUUACUGCAUUUAAAAUGCAUAGUACAGUUUAUAAUGAGGUGUGUUUAUAGCUUUGGUCAAUAAAUCGCACACACAACACAGAGAUGCUUGAAGUAGUUGAAUGUUCUCUGCACAGGAAGUAAACUAAAUGUAACCCAUGAAAUGAUUUAUCCUUGACUUACUAAUAGGAUCAAUGUUGCUUGUUUUUAGCAGUGUGUUACAUUGAAUUUCUCUUUUUCAGGUAAAGGAAUGGCUUUGUCUGAACUGCCAAAUGCACCGAGCCCUAGGAACAGCAGAGCCCACUGUGAGCCCUGAAGUGAAACCACAGUUAACCCCAGGAAAAGUUCCUACGCCUAACAAGACUGAAAAGAGGGAUGUACCAGCAGUUAUCCAGAAGGACAAGCCCUCAGAAUCUGAAACAGUCACAAAAGAGGUCCCUCAGACAACUCCACAAAGGAAAGAAACCCCCAAAGCAGAGGCUCCCUUACCAACUGCAGUUGCAAAGACAGCUGAACCAGGACAAGGUCCUUUGCAAAAGACACAGGUCCUUCCAGGUACUGAGAAAGGAAAAGGUCAGGAUGUGGCUGGACAGCAGCAGAAGCCUGCUCCAAAGGCACAGCCUCCUCAAACUGCUGUACCAGCAGUCAAAGGAGGUCCUGCAAAACAAGAAGUUGGAAAACCGCCACAAGCGCCCAAGAGCCCUACCCCUCCUGCCAAAUCCGCGCCACAGCCAUCACAGCCAGCAAAACAACAAGAUUCAGGGGGCCUCUUUGGCUUCGGUGGUCCUAAAACUCAACCUGCAGCUUCAAAGCCUGCUGAGUCAGUGACUGGGAAGAUGUUUGGCUUUGGUUCCUCUCUCUUCAGCUCUGCAUCUACAUUGAUCACAUCAGCUGUCCAGGAUGAACCAAAAUCCACUCCACCUACCCCACGAAAGAUGUCUAUGACAACCCAGGCCUCUCCGAAAACUACACCUCCAGUUUCUCCUAAGAUGCCCCCUGCAAAGGAGAUCAAACCCCCUGCUGCACAAGUAUCCAAGCCACCUCAACAGACCAAGCCCACUGAACAGGUCAAGGAAGAGAAGACAGCGCCUCCUAAGCCAGAGCCCUCCAAACCUAAGGAAGUGGCACAAGUUGCUCCUAAGGCAGUUCUGUCCACCUGCCCUCUUUGUAAAGAAGUACUCAACAUUGGCUCCAAGGAUCCACCAAAUUACAACACCUGCACUGAAUGCAAGAACACAGUGUGCAGUCUUUGUGGAUUUAACCCCAUGCCUCAUACAUCAGCAGUAAGUAGAACAAACUUUUUGUUUUGCCUUAUUUUAAUUUUCAAUUUGUACUUCACCUUAAAAAGGUUUCCUCGUGGUUUGCAAUUCAAACUCUGCAUCUCACUUUCUAAAAAAAAAACCCACUCAGUUUGCGAUGACAGGAAUGCUUUUAUUGGGGUUUUAUGUUAUUUAUUAUACUCUAAAUUUGACUCAAUUUUAGUGUUACUAUAUGAUGCUGAGUGGAUGUUUUGGCUUCAGUUGUCUAUACCAACUUUUUUUUCCACACAAAUUUUGAGACAUCAAAGGUAUAAUGAAACAAAACAUAAAACAUAUGGAAAUGUAGGCUUAUUGCAGCUCUUUCUUUACUAGAGUGGUCCGAGACAUUACAUAACUGCUUAUGAGAGGAGUGCAUCAGCAGACGGGCAGCUCUGGAAAUAUAUUAGAGUGAUUGAGGGUUGUGCAACAGCAUUAGUGAGAUGGGAUCUGCUACCACAGCAAAGCAGGGAAUCUCCACCCCCCUGGGAGAUCUGAGAUGUCAAAGCCCCGUGAUAUGCCAAUAAGCAGAGGUGAAAAGGAUUUGGUCCAAUACAACGCAGUGCAGUACAUUAGAGCCACAGACAUUUCCUAUCAGGCCAUCUGCUCUCUCCUAGACAGUGACUCCAUGUAAUUCAACAAUUAUCACCUCAUGUUAUGUGGGUGGCAGUGGCACAUGUACCUGCUUUGUCUGUGUAAAAUAGGCCUUCAUUUUUGGUAAUAAGUACAGAAAUGAAGAGGCCUUUCUGUGAGUUUCAAGCUCAUACUCUAAAAAAAUGAAAUCUUAUACAAUAGAUAAAAUGGUCACAUUUACAUCUAAUAGGAUGUAUUUGUUGAAGAGAUGUGACCUUUUGUUGUAGUUUUGAGCACUUCCUCGAGGUAUCCCUGACAGACAGCUGAGAGCAUGGACGGUGCUCUUAAAUACUGUUGACUCUUAGUAAACAAUACCAAUCUCUGUAGUGACUGAGUAAAUGUCACUUUAUUUUGUCAUUGUCAAUUCUGCAUUCACGUGGUUUCCCAGAGACAGAUGAUCACUUGCUGAGCCAAAAUGGUGCGUUGUUGUGGAAAAAUAACACUGAAAGAGAUUUGCCUGUUAUGUAAUUGACACUUCUCACGUUUUACUCAGACACCAGAGAUGGGGAUGAGCCACAGGGCAGGCUUCAGAAGGGGGGAAGGGACAAACAUGGAUGAUUACGGCUGUGUGUACACAACAGAUUCAUGCCUGUUAAUAGCAAACAGAAAGCUUUGCCUAAACACACAUGGAAAGAGUGAGCCCUCAUACAUAUUGUUGCCCUGUUUAAUUUGCAAGGCCUGUGACUGACCGUUCUUUUUCAUGAUUGCGGGUGUGAUAGUGCACACAUUUAGAGGGCAGAAAUACUUAAAAGGACUUGUGCAGCUAAAAAAGAGGUAGGCCACAUUAGACAAAGUGAGUGCUAGCAGCAAGUCUAUCCAUUUCCUUUCGCUCGUUCUGCUUGAGCUGGUGCCAUCAAAAGCCAGUGAGUGACUCUUGUCCGAUAAGUAGGACACACGUGUGUCGUGUUUUUGCCAGUUUGUGCUCUGUGUCUGUGACGAAGAGGCCAGUAUGAAAAAUAUUUCCUCAGUAUUUUUAGAGGCUUACCUUGUGACCCAUAUCUAAUGUGGUGAAGGUAGUGUUUAUCUCCACUUGUCUAAUUUACAUGCUUUAAAUACACAAACUGCGCAUAUACUGUGUCACAUACAUAAACAGGACUGUCUAGAGCAAAUAAAGGUUAAAGAAACUGACAAGCAUCCUCAGAUUUUUCAUGAAAGACCUUUUUUUUUUCCUUUGGCAAGAUAUAAGAUCUGACACACAGGCCAAAAAUGUAUACAGUAUAUAAUAUACAUGUUCCGGAUAAAAGUACAAGAUGUUUGAAGCUAUGAGCCACAUAGGCACAGACUGUUGGCCACACAAUAAAAAGAAGACUCCUCAUGGUGCACUGUGUUAAAAAUAGUCACUCUUGGGAGAGACUCACUGCCGCCUACCUGCUGCAUCUCUACUACUUCCUAACAGCUAUUUUUUGGAACAUUGAAUAUGACAAACAUUUACAGAAGGGAACGGGCCCGUGUUUUAUAAAUACACACCUUCCUAAAGCACCUGAGAGGAAGUUUCAUUUGUAUUGAUCUUGGCACCUCUGUGGACAAAGCAGUCCCUUAAAUCUUGUUGCUGAUCUCUCACUGAAGAAAAUAAAGUUGUCCUCUAGCCAAAGUUAAUCUUGCUCCCAAACAGUAUAAUGUAUGACUGACUUUGAAUCUUUGUUUUGAAAAAUGUGCAUAAAGGCAAUAACUGCCUGGUCUUACAACUGGGUAUAGGCAUUGAAAUAUUUUAUAAUAAUCAGUUUUAUUCCUUAUAGAUUUAUGCUUUUGUAGCUCAGAAAGAGGCCUCAGUAUUUGUUUCAUUGUGUUUCAUAAGCAGCAAAAAACUCAGGAAGAGAAGCUUUAAAUUAGUCUAAAUUAAUGUGAACAAUAAAAUAGUUUUUACUGAUUCAACUGCUUUUGAAUGUAUUUCAAUGCACACAACUGCAAAACUUAAUUUGCCCCUGGAAGACCAUCUCUGUAAUAUCAGGAUACAGACAACCUUUAAAAACAGGGGCAAAAAAAGCACAGUGCUUUGACAAAUGAGCACAUAAAACAUAGCUAAGAAUAAAGCAUAGGAACCCAACAGAAAAGUAUGUAACCCCGACAUCAUAAGAACCAAACACAAUAGAACUUAAACAUUAUUAUAACAGUUAUCGUGGGAAACCAGAGGAAUGCAAUUAACAUGAGAACCCAACACCAUAAACUGAGACCAGAAGAACCCCGGAGGUGACAUGGUCAAAGCAAUUCAAAUAGAGAGGAACAAUUUAAAAAGAGAGGUCAAACAAUUAAAACGAGUGAAGCAGUAAAAUAAGGGUUGAAAGCAUUAGGGCAAGAUAAAGUCAAUAAAGAGAGAAAUAUAAAGGCAGAUAAAACAUUUUAGAAUUAAAGAAACAAAUACAUAAAUUAAAUACGAUAUUAAUGAGAUUUUCACCUCAUGGUUCUGGUGGCCAUAAAAUAUCACAACAAUGCCACUGUGAUAUUCAUGAAAAAAUCAAAAAUAAACAACACAACAAGUUCAACUGAUGAAAUGCAAGACAAGGGUGAUGAAAAAUAUUUCAUUAACUUAGUACACAGAUUCACCAAACACGUUAUCAUCCAUUUAUACAUGAAUAGUCAUAAAUAGACAUUUGAAAUAAUGUCCAAGUUUCUGACUUGUCCACAUCACCCGUCAAUAAUUUAAUUUUUAUAUAGGAUGUACAAUUAUAAAAUGGAUUAGUCACCGGGAGAUGUACCUGCUUUAUCCUUUUUUUUAUUGAUUCACACUAAAUCUUGGAGAGUCCGUUUUUUAAAGCCUCAUCAUCUCUCAAAGUGCUGCUACAGAGAGCUUACUGGCAGUCUGCUACUGUCUCUUUGUCUGGCCUCUGUUGAAAGAAAGACCACUACCAUGAACUUCCAUUAUAACCAUAUGUGUAUUUGUAGCACAAGGACAAUAUUUUAAGUUUUAAAAAGACAGAUACUGUCAAUACUUGUGUAUUACAACAGCCCUUCGAGACAGCACCGUCAGAAACUAGAAACAAUAAAAGAGAUAAAGUAGUAUAAGAAGAUAAAGCAAGAGCAAUGAAUAAAGCAAUUAGACAAACAAAGGCCACGGAGAACGAAAAAGAAGAGGAAAGGAUAUUAAGGAAAUAAAGCAGUCAGAAGGAAAAUGAAAACGAGGCAAUAAAAAGACAACAUCACAUUAAAGCAAGUCUGUAAAAGUGAGAACUCAUUUAACAUUCCCCCCUCUUUUUCUCUAAAGUCAGGUCAGUCCUAAAUUUAGGGGUGCUGAUUGAAAGUUUGGUCUCCUUUAGACUCAAGCUUGACUAUGGAAAUACUAGGAGGUUCCCGCUCAAAGAUCUGGGGCUGUGGACUGGCUCAUAUGUUGCCAUCAUGUUGUGGGCUAGACCUUUAGUGCUUUAAAGAUGAUUGAUGAAAUCUUUAAGUCAAUUCUAAAACUGUCAGGGAGCCAACGUAAGGAAGAUAAGACCAGAGUGAUGUGAUGUUGUCUUCUUUUAAAACCAUUAAGAAGGUAGCUGCUGCAGUCUGGCUGAGUUGGAGAAGUGUGACUUUUUCUUUUUCUUUUUUUUUUUUUUGAUCUAUGAUACCAGAUAGGAGUGAGCUCUGAAUGGGAGAGAAUUUUCUUUUUGUGCUGAAUCAUAGCUGGAAGAAGCACAACUGAACAACUUUGGUGUGUCAAAUGUAAGGUCAAAGUCAAACACUUCUUGAUUUUUGCAGUUGGCCUAUCUUUCAGUACGAUGAAUUGAGGAUAUAAUGGCAUUUAAAAAGAAUCUAAGGUUUCCUUAAUGUGUGACAAGGAUCAGUUUUCGAAUUUUGAUUCAUGUUGUAGGUCUCUAUAAAAACCAUUGAGAUCCCACCGAUAAGGUAACACUUUUUCUGUAUUCUCAUGUCUUUGCUGUCUGCUGAUGCGUCAUCUCGCUCACACAAGUCUACUUCAGUCUUCUUUUUGUACCCUGCAAUGAAAGGAAGUUUGCGGAUGUGAUAUUUGUUAGAGCCGUCUGUGUGUUUCGUUUUUCUGUACAAUGAGGCACUCUGCUUAUUACAGAUUAGUAGGUCAACAUUCUCCAUUAUCAGGGGGUUUGAUUUAUAAGGAGUUCUGCUCUGUGGGGGCUGCUGAAAGCCAAGUAUAUUAGCCAGCUACAGCUUGUGCCAAAGGCAUCUGCCAGAAAAUCAAUAAGAAACUUGCCCGCUCCAAUAUCAAUAGCAAGAAGGCACAGAGGAGAGGCUGGAAACAGUGUUGUAGUCUGCAGCCCAAGGGCCAUACCACAGUACAGCUAUCUAAAAAUGUACAUUUCAGCAGCUCUAUGAUACACACUGACCUGUGUUUUUUAUGAAAGUGCAGGUUUGUACAAGUAAUAUAAAACCGCAUCGCUUUGAUUGAUCAGUUUGGAAAUGCAAGAAUGAUGGACCCUUCCUGGUAAGAGUGGAUUGAUAGAUGACUUUGCACUUUUUACUCAGUUGAUUUACAAUGUUUUUGUCUAACCGCACUAUUCUUCGACCAAACACCAAUGCAGCACGCUAGUGUGUGAAGAGCAUAAUUUCCUGCCUGCUGCCGUAGUGAAGGUCUGGUAAUCCAGCUCUAAGGCUAAUCACAGGGAGCAGCCUCUCCCACGGAUCUUUGCUCGGGGCUUCUGCUCUUUGCUCAUAAAACAGAUUUAAUUAGACAAAAGGAUGAUGGCCACUUUCCAGACCCCGUGGCUCUGAUGCAUGGCUCUGAGACUGUGUGGCCUUGAGGCAAUGUUGGCGCUGAAGGGAAAUGUGAUGGGAUUAGAGCUUUUUUGUUGAUUAGGAUGUUUUAUUUCCAGUCUUGUUUAGAGCUAUCAGGAAGUACAAGGUUUGUUCAGUGUUGUGGUGCAGGUUUAUCUUAGCUGCUUUUUUGCUUUGGUUUAAGAUAUACGUUUGUCUGCAUACUUCUGUGAUCUCUUUACUUCUGUGUUGGGUUGAAAUGGACAGUUAUUAUGCUGAGGAUGAGGCUCAGACCUCUGUGAUAUCAGCACCUGGAAAGUGUGAGGCUAGGGCCUUUGGAGAUUACAGAAAAGAGAGAAUACAUUAGACCAGCAGAAAUACUCAGGCAUGCAUUGCCAUGUCUCAUCCAUCUGGGAACACUGCUGUGCAAUCCUUUUGUAUCAGUCUCACCUGGUAGCUCUGCUAAAUUUUGUCCUACCAGAAGACGGCAAAAGCAGAAAAGUCAAGACCACAAUGUCUGAUUUCAGUGCAAAUGUGGGAUUUGAAAACCAACUUCCCAACACUUUGUAUUUUUAAUAUACAAACUUUCCCUGUUUAGGUCUUCUUAAAAGAAUUGGAGUUUGUGAUCGAUAAUAUAUCAUGCAAAAGGUCUAUGAAUUUACAAGGUAUCACUGCAUUUGGACAAGACAGGACAGGAGGAUAUUCCUUGUAAACUGUGAUCACAUUCAGAAGUGAUACAGAGGAGAGGAAGGGUGAAGCAGAGGGGUGUUAAAGACAGAAUACCAGAGCUUAAGGGUUUUGGGAAUCACCAAAUGGAUUAGGCUGAAUAAGAUUAUGCUCAUGCUAUAAGUUUUUAGCUGGUUAGAAAACAGACUGGGAUUAAUACUAUUGUGUUUUAUGACCUACAAAGGCAAAUGAGACUAUAAGGAACUAGACUGAUCAUUUCUGUCUUGCUAUCACCAAUGCCUGAUACUGCUGCUGCACUGCUGCUGCAGGAUGGUCACCAGACAAGGUGAUUUACUGCACACUGACAAAAAAAAAAAAAAAUCAAUGGUAAAUGAAUUUCAAGCAACAUAAGAUGUUUUAUUCAAAUAAAUAACAUGAAAAACAAAUUAAAUAAAUGCAUAUGUAUGGAUUGUAAUUAGCCAAGAAAUAAAAGUACUAAGGCUGCACGAUAUUGGAAAAAAAUAAUAUUGCGAUUUUUUCAACCCUGCGAUAUAUAUUACGAUAUUAAAAAUACAGUAUUUUCACCAGAUGACCUGAAUAGCACUUAAUGUUAUGCUGCACUGCUGAAAUCUUGAGGACAGUUAAUCUGCUCUUAUCUUACCUCUUUUUGUGAAUGUUAGUAGAACGGCUUCUGUCUGUCUCAGAGAUAUUUUUAGCUUUUAUUGUGCUGGGACGUUAUUGUGGCAACAGGUGAACACAGAAGACGUGUUUUGGUCGACAUCAUCCUUCUUUUAACCGAAAUAAUUCAAGAUAACUGACUUUCCUUUUCUUUUUGGCAACAAAUCUUCAUUUUCGGUGGCUUUCGCUUGUUCGUUGUUCAUUUUGCGAUCGUUGUUGUUGUUGUUGUUAGCGGUGUUGUGCCGAGAAACGCAUAUCCUCCGAGAAUUGCAUGCACCUCACAAAACGCGCACUGCUUAUAGUAGGGUGGUCCACGGAAAUGUACAAUUUAAAACCCAUACAGUUCUUAUUUGUUGGGCUUAAUAGUCAUGAGUAAAGUUCCGAAAGUAAUUCUCAGCGGACACACGUCUCCCUCCAUGUGCAGAACAUGUGCAGGGGUGGGUUUUCUCCUCCCUGAUUUUGAUUGACAGCUGGCAGGGUAGUCUGAUUGGCAACUGAGAAGUGAGUCUGAUUGGCAACUGAGUUAAGGACGAAGGCGAUUGGUGGAUCGCUGCACAGCACAUGCAGAGUCACAUGGAGUGUAUCUCAGUCGGUUACCCUUGAAAUUAAAUGAGUUCAUUCACCUCCAAUAUCGCAGGCUCUGCGAUGUGACUAUCGCACACACGUACAUCGCGAUGACGAUAGUCAAACGAUAUAUCGUUCAGGCCUAAAAAGUACUGCUUUGACCACAGGUGUCACCGAGCCAACACAAACACUUGUUACAGGAGCUUUAAGGGACACUAACCACUGAUUGAGUUACAGUGUAUUUUGAAUUAACUCAAUAUUAAGCGUCACUAAUCCCCAUAAAAUUUAAUGAAACUAACUUUUACCUGGAGAAAUUUUAAUUUUUUUCAUGUUUGUCAGCAUUAGGCACUAUGCUGAUCAGAUAUACUCUGCUAUUACAGGAAUUACAUAUUCCAAACACUGUGACAGCUGUCUAAACUAAAGCAUCUUAGCAUGAAUAAAACAUCUCUCCUCCUUCAGCAUAAGAAAUAUAUGAAGAUGACCACAUCUUCAAAUACUGCAUGUAGGCAGGCAUUCUUACAGUGUUGCUGCUGCCAGCAUACUUGAGGAAGAAUUUAAGUGUGUGUUUUUUCGGCCAUGCAGUAGAUUUAUGCUUAUGUGCUAUAAUGCACCAAUACCUAGUUUUUUAAAAACAUGUUAUAGCGUUAAGUUUUGAUUGACUUUGACUCAUUGUUCUACAAAAUGUUCAAAUUACCUCUCAAAUGUAUUUCAGUUUUGAUUGACUACAUUUUAAUAUUCCUCCUAGCUUUGUCUUGUUGAGCUAAUGUACACUGACUACAAGCCUUUACAGUGUCAUGUUUCUAGGGGCAACAAAGAUUACAAGUGCAGGUGGAUUGUUAAAGCAGACAAAAUUUAAAUCAGCAUAGGAGCCUUUGAACAUUUUACUCCGGUACAUCCUUAACAAGAGCUGAUUUUCAGGACAAAGCAUGCAUUGAGAGGCAGGUCCAGACACUUCUCUGUGUUAAGUACUUGGGUAUUAGUGUAGGCUUGUGGCUGUAUUUGUACUGUAAGAUUAUGGCAUUGCUGUUUUAAAGUAUAAAACUUAUCUCUUGGGAAAAUAAAAAUAAAACACAAAUGGUGUUUAGCAAACAGCAUAAGUAUGCGAUGCAAUCUCCUCCUCUGCCCUGUGUAUCAGAACUGCUCUCCCGAGCUCUGCAGAGGCAGGCGCAUUGCUGAGAUUUGGUCUGCUAGGCUGCUACAGACACACAGUUUAUCUAUUGACAGCUCAAGUCGUCUUCUCCUCUUUAACUGUCCACUAAUGGAGCUAAGAUGUGAUAAGAAAUGUGUCUUCGAGGAUUCCUUUUAUGAUUUUUUUAUGCUUUUGAUGUAUGACUAGCUCUGUUGCAAGGUAAGAAUUUUUAAUGCUGUCUUACGUGUGUCGUAAAUAGUAGCAAAGAGCAUUUAGAAUCAGGACAGCAAGCCUCUCUGAACAGGAUUAUUCUUUUGGGGCUGAUUUUUCUAGAAACACUUUGAUUCCUUUUAAUUGUCUGGAGUUAAAGUACAAGUUUUGUUUGUAUUACUUUGAGUGCUUUGAUAUUUGUCAGCAUUAGACUGGCUAUGUGGUGUUUUGUUUCAUGAUCCUGCCUGCAACAAGCACAAUAUGUUUCAAGUACUCAAGACUUUAGGGAUUAUGAGUUUCCAUGCCACACAAAGCUAUACCUCAUACCUCAGCAUUUACUUUGUGACAUUAUCUGAGAAGGUUGGAUGCAUAUUUCCACUAGGAUUUUAUCUCCAAGUUAUUCCAGAUCUCCAGACAGAGUGCUUUUGGGUCUCUUGGUUGUCUGAAGUAAAAUUAUGAAAUUAAGUUUCAUAAGGUUUAAGUGGUCUCAAAAAAGUAAGUAAGUAGAACUUGUUAUUAAAUUGUCCUCUAUAAAAAAGUGCAACUGUAGCAACACGACUUUGUGAUGAAUCCAGUUCCUAACCAGGCUUCUCUUUAGUGUUCAUCAAAACCAGGGACAAGGACCGCAAAUUAGCCAUCGCAAAUUAGCCAUGGCUAAAGGUCCUGUAUACACAGCAUUGGUUGCUCUUUAAAUAAAAGCAACAAUGCAUGCAUAUAUUGUCCCUGAUUGAAAAAAUAAAAAUAAACAGAGCUCUGUCAAGUUAGACUAGACAAGGUUUGGCUUCAGUCCCCCUUUACUAAAACUUUUUCUUGUCUUUUGUUAUAGGAGCUUUAAUCUUCAUAAAAUACACAUGCUUUAAAAUAUUUUUUUUGCACUAUAUUGUUUUUCUUAUGCAUUUCAAUUGAAAAAAAAAAACCUUGAUACAACAAAUGCAAAAUACAAGAACUCACUCAUAACUUGGUUGCAAUUUGUCACCUUAAUAAUAUUAGUUGCAGGUUACCAAACUUUGCUUUUUACCUGUUUGGACACAAGUGUCUGCUCUACUUAACUGAUCGCCAAGCAGCUGAGGGAUAAGCUACUAAUAGUGAGGACAGAGUGAUGCAGUCAAUGGUAAUCAGCUUAUAUAAGAAUGACUUCAGUGCUCUGCCUCCUUUAACAACAACAAAAGUAUACUUAAAAGUUCUUUUGCAAGCAAAUAAAUAUAGGCUAUAAUCACCCUGAUCACAAUAGUUCAAAGCCAGCAUUAAGGUUGAGCUCAACCAUGAAUCAUCAAGGAAAUCAGAUUCUCUUGAGGCAUGUUGUAGUGAGCUGCUUUUUCUCCUCCUUUACAAAGUAUCCCCUGAAAACUUCAAUUUGAGCUGUGAAUCUGAAACUUACUAAUUAAGCAUGCACUUAUUAUCAAAGCCAAGUCUCCAAUUUAAUGUCUCAUUAAUCAAAGGUCAAAUGUGUUCAUUUACCGUGGAUCUUGGAUGUGGUUUGACUUGUGUUUGCUUGUUUCGUCACAGAAGGAAUGGCUGUGCCUGAACUGCCAGACACAAAGAGCUUUGUCAGGACAGUUGGGAGACGCAGGAAAAAUGCCCCAGCCUACACCUGUAUCUGCAAAGCCAGACACCUCUGCCAUGCCUGGGACCACAAAGGAAGAGCUCAAAACUGUUCUGCCAAAGACAGAGCCCACAUCUCCUUCUGCAAAACCGCAGCCCACACAAGAUCCCAUCAAGGCAACACCAACAGUCCCAAGCCUAGAAGCAAAGACAAAACCUACAUCUGCCAAUGUAGAAAUCACAGCCACAGCAGCUUCCACAGAGGUAGAGCAUGAGACAUCAAAGGCUCUGCCCUUAACAUCAGAAAAAGUGCCCAAGACUGCCCCUGAUGCAGAAGGCACUGCACCUGUGGCCCCAAAACAAGAGCCAGUAGAAACACAAAUAGAGAAAGUGCCGAAGACAGAUGUCACCAAGACUGAAACAGUUAGAGAUAAUGAAGAGGCAGUUAAAACAGAGUCCAGUGUGACAGAAUUUGUCCACGCCGAAGUGUCUAAACCUGAUCUUUCAACAGUAAAAGUUGAAGCUGGCGCUCCCGCUUUCCCAGUGGUUGCGGCUACAGUUGUACCAACUCCUCCUAUUACUGCAGAGAAAGCUGUGGUUGGAGUUGUUCCAGGGACUGAAACAAAGCCAGAACCAUCUGCCCCACAGAAGGCUAUUGAAGAAGUGGUGCAGGAUGAGCGAGUCAAACAGACACAGCCAACAGAUUCUUUCCAGAAAGUUGAGGUUCAACCAAAGUCACAAGAACCCAAGAAGGUACCAGAGGCAAAACCUGUCCUCAAGGAAGUGGCAGAUAAACCGGCUGAAAACAUUGCUGAUGUGACCUCAACUCCAGAGAAACUACCAGUAUCUACAGCGGAUACACUGAUAAAAGUAAGAAUGUCCUCCACUACUUUUUUAAUAUAUAUUAAAAAAACAGAUCAAAUGGGAGAGACUUUGUGAAUGCUACCAUGCUUGCUAUAAAUUCACAGUGCUUUUUUUUUUAUAAUGACACAAAAUUAAAAUAUCUAAUUGAUAGCUGGUUCUGAAAUUUACAGAUUAGUGAAGCCACCUAUUAUAUCAAAUAUUGACAAUGAAUUACUAAACCCUGAAUAUUAAACAAUCCUAUUUUUUUUCUGAUAUUUUUGUGGGAAAAAAGUCAAACAUUUAGGUUACUACUUUAAUUUAAACUGCUUGAAUAGCAACAGUACAAAGCUGGGUUUGCCUUGACACUUACCCUGAUUUAAGGGUCUUUACCACCAGUUUGUGGCCCAACAUCAGCAGACAUACCUCCAUUAAGUGCCACUAUGUUUUGUUUAAGAGACAUUUGGCUUUUUGGAUUGCUUUUGAGUUUUUCAGCCUCUGCAUCUGUCUGCACUCUCCCCUUCUGGCAGCAUUACAACAGCCAAUCAUCACAGUGCCUCAUUAUCAUGGCAACACCGCCCACACAGACCACUGCAUGUUAACGUGUUUAAAAUUUAGAGACUUAAUAUACUCUGCAGAGGCUGAAUUUUACUUUACUUUUUACAACCCAAUUGAAAAUAUUGUGUAAAAGACUGUUUUGAACAGUAAAAAAUGGGACCUUCAAGAUAUAAAAACACUGUUGUGUAUGUGUUUUACAACUCACUCACAGUUUCAUUAAUAUUAACAUUCUCUACAUUCAGGGUCUACAUUCUCUUAAGCUUGCAAAUAUGAUGUGAGAUGUGUAAUUAAAAACAAACAAACAUGGAAAUAAAAGAAAUGAAAAUUGCAGUUAUAAUAAGCGGUGGAAAUACAACAAUGAAUAUAAACUAGACAAUUGAUUUAAAAAAGUUAAAGUUAAUGUUCAAAGUUACUUUCUGAUGUUAUUCUUACAACAAUUUGUUUUGUAGUGUUGAUGUAUAAAUUUAAAUUUGUGAGUUUGUAUUUUUUCACUUUUCAGAUUUAUGCUAACAUUUCUAUUUUUUGCUGAAUCUGAUCUUCUGAUCUACUUUACUUACAUUCAUCAGAAAUUUUCACAACUGCAUAUUUUUUUUCUUUCAAUUCAAAAUUUUUCCCUAAGAUCUGCAUCCAUACUGUUCAAAGUAAAAUGAUGAAAUACCUGGUCUGGUAUUCCCAUAAAAUCUUGCCUUGCUCAUCCUGAUGUACACUCCUGUCUAUUUCACUUUUUAGGACAAAGAAGAAACCAAAACUGAACUGGACAUGGGGAAAAUUGAGCUGCAAAAGGCAGCUGUUCCUGUGACAGCUAUUAUGUCUGAAUCAAAAGACCAUGAUGAAGAUCAACCCCAGAUAUUACCUAUAUCACAGGAAAUAAAAGAUGAGCAAGUGGCUGGUGAUACAAGUAAAAUUGAGGUCAAAACAGAUCAGACCACUCCAUUUAAAGAAGAGGUUAAAGUUGAGAGAAGGCGACUGAGUUUUCGAGCAAUGGAUGAGAGUAGUGAGAGUGAAGUGACACCCUCACCUUCACCAAAGGCCCAGAGAAGACGUCUUAAGGUCAGCAAUGUUUCAUCCAGCAGUGAGGACAUCAAAACUGAAAGUGCUGACUCCACCGUAGAGGAUGAAGAGUUUAUCCGCAGGCAGAUAAUGGGAAUGGGUGAUGAAGAGGAGAUGUCUCUUUCAGAGGAUGAGAAAGAAGAGACCUUGGACAAUGAGGAAGCCAUCAGAGAGACAGAACUCAAAAAUGCUUCAGAGGCAGCCCAGUCACUGCCGAGAAAGAGCACAGAAAAUGAAAGCAACCUCGCAAAGACAACAGUCCCAGAAACUGAUAACACAAUGAAAGAGGUUCCUGAAACAUUGCCUACUUUUAAGAAAGCUAUUCCUGUCUUGAGACAGAGACAAAGCACUGAUGAAGAAGUAGAGAGUAUCACAGAAUCCCUGUCCAAGGGAUCAUCAAGUGUUCAGGUAUCCAGCUUCACUCCAGCAUCUUCACCUACAUCAGCUUCAUCACUAGAAGAGGACAGUGAUAGCAGCCCUAGUCACAGGAAGGUCAAAGGGGACAAACAGCAUCGCAAAGGGAGGCACAGACAGCCAACUGAACCUCUCCCCACAAUUGAGGACUCUUCUGAGGAUGAAAAGAUGAAGGAGGAAGAAAAGUCUAAGAAAGAUAAAGGGGAACUGAGGGCCCUUGGCAAAUUACCAUCUCCAACUGGCGAUCGCUUCUCCACAGAGGAUCUGAAACAGGUCACAGUCAUUGAUGACACAACUAUAACAUCUGUAUCGGAGUACUUGGCCAGUAUGGAAUCAGAAACAGAUGCUAGGAGAUCUAUACAAAGAGGACGAAAGCCCUCACCCACAGUGAUACCAUACACUCCCCCUGAUCCAUUUGAAGAUAAGUUUAGAGGAGUAAAAUCCUUAAAGAGUGCAGAAGAAACAUAUGAAGAAAUUAUUCAGAAGACAAAAGCUAUUCCAGGAGAGAGUCCUCCUGACAUUGAGCCACUUUACGGAGGAAUGGCAAUAGAAGAUUAUCUUUAUGAAUCCUUAGUUGAGGAGCCUGAAUUCAAGAUGAGUGAGACUCAAGAGGAGGAACUCGAACUCGAUACUGGUUCUGAAAGUUUCAAAAAACUCAGGUCUCCGGAGGAGGUUUACGAAGAGAUGAUGCAAAAAAAGAGAGAAUUAAUGAUGAUAGAGCAAGAGUUCCAACAGGCACAGACUGCCAUGGAAACUUCCCCAUCUACAGUCUCUGACCAGUUGGCAUUUGCUGACACCUGUGUAGUGACAAUAUCCACAGAAGAGAUAUCUCUUACUGGACAAACUGAUAAGCCUUUUACAAGCACUGAAACUUCUAGUGAAGCACCGGUGAAGAAAAAGAAACGACCAGCUCCACCACGCCCCUCUGAACCCCCUAAGCGCUCAGAGGGGAGCACGAUGCCUAGUACUCCAAGUGGAUCUAUAAGCUUUAUAAGACCUAUGGUUCCUCAAGAUCCAGCUCUUAGAAAGGCACUGUUUCCCAUACCAGAUCUUAAGAUUACCCAGUGUUCUUCUGGGGAGGAAGAGGAUGAUAGUCUUGCUGAAGAAUAUGGUGUUGGUGUGUCCUCUGACAUUACCCCCAGUGAUGACUCUGAGACCAAAGAAGAUCCAUCUAUAAGUCCACCUUUAUCUGAAACAGCUGAGACUGAGCCUAUCAUGGUGGUUUGUGAAAUUCCAGAGCCAAAACCUAUUCCAACACCAAUAUCAGCUCCAGAACUAACCACAACACCCUCCCCUGUAUCCCCAGUGUCUCCUCCAACUUCACCAGCAACUCCUGAUUCCAGUUUGGCUUCUAAUGCUACGUCUUCAUCAUCAUUUCAGGCUCAAACACCUCUUUCAUCAGAAUCAACUCCACUGUCCACACCUCCAACUUCAAUUUUAACCAAAUCAAUUCCUGAAAUUUUGCCACCAUCAUCUGUCACAGUUGGAGCAGUAGCAUCCAGUGCGGGCUCAGUGUCCUAUCCCGCUCAAGGGACAGUUGAAGUAACUAUACCUGAUGUUGUGUCUGGUCCAUCCAAAGCUCAGACUGCUCAAGGUCAACGUGUGGCUUCUGCAGCUGAAGCCCUGGCAUUAGUCCAGUUCAGUCAGGAACCUGUUAUUGUUCAAAUGCCAGACUUGGUGUCUACCCCUUCCCAGGUUCCUUUGGAGGCACCAGCUGUUAUACAGGUCUCAGCCCAGAGUCCUGCUCCUCUUACUGUCUCAUCUCAACCUGCACCCCUCGUGGCAGCAACAUCUGCCAAAUUCUCCACUCCAGCUUCAGCCCACAUUGUUUCUGAAACUGCCACUGUGGCCCCAUGCCCUAAGCCAGUCAUAGUCCAGAUGCCUGAUCUGGUUUCAGCCACAUCUCCAGUCACUGCACAAGCCCCACUUCCAGUUUUAGCACUUGUAACUACCCCAGCACAAGCCCAAGCUAAAGUGGUGCACUCAGUCCCAAUACAACCAGCUGUCCCAUCGAUGCGUCCAGUGGUUGUCCCUGCACCAACUCAAACAGCUCAGGGGCCAGUGUCAGCAUCAACUACUGUGGUCAAAAAGAAGGUCCCACCCCCACCUCCACCUCGGUCUACCUCAGUGUCAAUAUCUGAGCCUACCCCUGAAUUGCCACUUGUCAGGGCUGUUCAGCAGGCCCAAACAAUCACCACCACUUCAGCUAUGACAACAACAGCAGCUGGCCAGCCAAUGCAGUCAAUUGUUGUAGAUAUACAGCCAAGAAUGGAUGACAUACAACCAGAUAGUGUUGCUGUACCUCAAGUAGUAACUCAAACAAGACAAGGGCAUGUGGUCAUUAUAGUGCCUAGUGGUGAACAUAGAUCUUUGCUUGGACAAACCCCACAAGACUUACCAAGCACAGAAUCAGUAACUUCCACUCCUGCUCUGCCACAAACUAGUCAAAAAUCCCCUCAACCUGCAUCCUAUAUACCAAGUACAGAUAUGUCAACUUCAGCUCCACCACUUCCACCUAAACCUAUGACAGCACCGCAAGUUUUAGACACAGUAGAAAUACCAGUAGCAGAUACACCUCCACCAGAUCCUAGUGCUUUAACCAAAUCAACUGUCUAUCCAAAGCCUUCACUUUCUGCCGUUACCACUACUGCUACAGCAACAGUAGCACAAACUUCUAUCACAGCACCUGGCUCUAGCCAAAACACCAAGCCUCCUCCACCCAUACCACCAAAACCUAUAUCAAUCCCAGCUGGACUAGUUUUUAGCCACAAGCCAGGUGAGAGUGUCAAGCCACCUCCUCAUGUAGUUCCAAAAGCUGCAACAUUGCCCAGGACUAAAGAACCUCCAAAUGCUCUGUCACUUAGCAUGACACGCCCUGUGGAGUCUAAAUUGGGCACAACAUCACCAAAGUCACCUUUGUCCCCAAGACAUGUCAAAUGUUUACAGACCUACGUGGUCAUAACCCUUCCGUCUGAGCCUGGAUCACCAACUGAUGGAAUAACAGUCCAGGCACCUGUAAGACGUGGUUCCAUCCCAUCUACAAGAGUAGCAGGAGUACGGACCACACCUUUUGAGCAAAAAUCAACAACUGAUGUAUUUUCAGCACAGGCUGCAGUCAGAAGAGCUUCUGUCCCCACUGUAAGGCACCAACCUCCAAUAAUUGCAGCUCCUAUUGUAGCAGCAGAACAAGUGACACCUUCAGAUGUAGUAACUGCUCGCACCAGGAGGGACUCUGUGCCCUCUGUAGUGCCAUCACCACCAGCUGAGGUCAUCUCUGGGUCAGAUCAGGACACAUCUAUUAAAGCACAAAGUGUACCUGCUCCAAUUAAAAAACCAUAUGCCCAACAACAACAACGACAACUGACUCAGCCAACUCCACCAACUACAGUAAUCUUUGAUGACAUGCCAGUGCCCCAAGAACAAAACAUUUUUAUUCAACCCCUUACCCUCCAGGCCACAUCCGAAGUACAGUCCAAACCAUCUGUAGUCCAGCAUCCAAGCACGGCAAUGGACAUAACAGGUCCACCUGAGGUUGCAGUCAUCACAAUAAUUCCCCAGGCCCCAAUUCCAACUCCUCCUGUACAGCAACAACCUAUAACAGAAGCUGAUGCUGCAACAGUCCAACCUGAGAAACAAUUACAUGGACUUAUCUCUCAAGAUAAACAAGCUACAGUCACUGCAACUGUUCCUUAUCCUCAAGUCGAAACUCAAAUUGAAAUACCAGAAAAAGAACAUGAAAUGCCUACUGAAGUAAUUAUCAGUGAGGCAAUUACAAUACAAUCACCAAUGCCAGGACAGAGACAGCAAACUGCUGCUCAACAGCAACUUCCUGUUACUGAAGCAACAACUCACCUUACAGAGCAAGAAUUACCAUCAGGUCUUAUCAUAAAAGGCAUGUGUACUGAAUUUCAGUCAGCACCACAAGCUGUUCAGUACUCAGAAGGUCUUCCCCAAGGGACAGAGCAGCUACCUUGGCAACAACCACUUAGUGUGACUGAAGAUGUAACUCUCCCUGCCAAGUCUGAAUUGCCUUCAGAGGUUAUAUCAACUGACAUUGCUGUAAGAAUACCAGCAGUGGCAACGGUAUCCUCUGAACCCUAUCCUUUACAUUCAGUGGCUGGAGUUACCUUAACACCUGAUGUAGCGAAGGUGACACCACUAACUACAGAUGCAAACAUGACAACUCCUACAGUUGAUGAAGUUAUACCAUCACCUCUUGGGAUGGAAAUCCAACAAAUGGCAGUGCAGCCAGAAAUGCCUACUAGUAUUUAUAUGCCACAGGACUAUGGAGCUAAUACAUCCCCUGCCAUGCCACACUCAUCAGUGCCACUAGAAAUCGUAGCUUUGCAGCCUGAGCGUGAGACACCCACAGAAAUUAUAACAGAGGAUGUAAGUGUAAGAAGAACUUCAAUACCAUCAGUGAUGCAACCUCUGGCUGGGAUGCCAGUUGGAGUCAUAACAACUGAAGAAACCACAAGUAGGAGGAGGACAUCUAUAUCAUCCAUAGUUCAGCCCUCAUACACUGCAAGUGACAUGUUUACCUAUCCCUCAGCAUAUGAAGCACCAACAGAGGUGGUUACAACUGAGGCCUUUGCUGCCACCAGAAGGGAAUCCAUAACCAUGCAGCCCAAAAUACCGCUGGCACAGGUUGUAAACUUGCCAGCUGAGAAGGAUGUUCCAACUGAUAGUCAUCCAGUUCAGUUCUCCUACAGAAGAGGAUCUGUUCCUUCCACAGAACAAAUACCACAGGUAUUGAGUUAUUCAUCGGAAUAUGAUCACCCUCUAGAGAUCAUAACUACUGAGGCUUACACCAGGAGAACAUCAAUGCCCAGCUCACAAAAUAUUCCUCAGGGUGUCUCUGUGGCUCCAGUCACCAUUACUAAAAUUCAGCAAGAGUCUAUUGAGAGCCAGGAGAUUCGAGGACCAGAAAAGGUGGUUUCUAGUAUGAGUCACAUGUACUCUUCUUCAAUUUCCACUUCUGGCCAGCCUCCAGAGAGCCGUCCUGAACUGGUCACUCAGGUCGUCACCACUGAGGUCCAGAGGACCACUGUUUCUGUUGUCCAUGAAAGACUUCCACAAGUCCCUACACCCAGUGUGGCAAUAAACAUACAACCUGACAUAGCCAAAGUCCAGCCUCUUCCAAAACAGAAUGGAAAGAUAAUCUACCCUGGUGAUGUUAUUGAUUUGCGUACCAUGAAGGUUGGAGUAAAGAUGACUGAACAAGGAAUGGACCUAACGCCUCCUGAGUCAUGUCGACAGUCAGUUUCAAGUGACUCUAGUUUGCGCCAGAUAACGGCAGUGCAGCCUGAGAUAGUAAAUCUCAGUGCAGAGAUCACACCUGUAACCACGCUGUCUGUUGUAACUGACAGCAUCACAAUAGUCACAUGCACAGCCACCAUUUCCUCAUAUAACAACACACCAGCAGAGAAACCACUUGAUUUGCAAGGCCCUGUAAUGUCAUUACCUUUGCCUCUAACCACAUACAAAUCGUUUGAACCACUAGCACAGAUUGUAUACAGACCUGUUAAGUCCCAAGCUACAGUCAGUCCUGUGCCAUCCACAGCUCAGGAAAUACCAAUUAACCUUUCCUUUGGAGUCCCCUCAGGAGGCAAGCAGCCAAUAUCUUCCACCCAAGCAGCUAUCAGCAAUGGAGGACCUGUCCUUUCUCUCGAGGCAACAGGUGCAAUGGAUUUGUCAAACUACAGACCAGUGAGAGCUAUGGUAGCUUUGUCUGGCACAAGUCCAGGAGUAGUUACCACUGUUGUAGAGGAUGAUGGGACUCCAGUUGACCUCACUGCUGGUAGGAGUGUUUGCUGUGAUGUCAUCUACAAGCUCCCAUUCACAGGAAGCUGCAGAACACAGCCCCCAGUCACAACGCAGCCUGACAACCGUUUUGGUUACAGAGAUGAUCACUACCAAUAUGAUAAUGCUGGACUAUACGGUAUCAAAGGCAUGAAUGGAAUAAAGUCCUCAAUGUCUGAGACAAACCUGACAGAGCCAGGACUCUUCUCGUAUGACUCUAAGAAUGACUAUCUAAGUGGAUCAACAGAUGGUGCCAUAGACCUCACAGCCGCUAAACUUUCUGCAGGUGAGUACAAAGGUCAUGCAGUGUUUUUGAAGAUUUUUUUUCCAUCCUUGAUGUUUGUCUUAUCAGCUGGUAUUUAAUUGGUGUGACAUGAGUUUUAUUUGCACAGUGCUUUUAAUGUUAAAUUACAUGUAUACAGAAAUUUUUGUUCAUUUGGGCAUGCUUACUUUUAGUUGUUAAAACUUUUUGUUGCUCAAUGUGCAUGUAUGUGUUGAACAUUAACAGCAGCUUUUCUUGUUUUGUCUUCAUACAGAUGCAUGUGUGUGCCUGCGUGUUCUCCCUCAAUAUUUUGGUUUUGCAUCUUGCUAGCCAAAAUGACAUCAGCUAUGCAUGCGCAGUGGGAGUCUUUUUUUUUUUUAAUCAAAAUAGAAUCACCUUCAAUGCUUAAACAGUACACUUUGUUUGUCUCUGAAAUGACACUUUGUUCAAAAAAUAAAAGUUAAUUUAUUUGGUUGUGGCAGGUAAAGCUCUUGACUACACUAGCAAAGCUACUGGAAGCUACCCUGGGAUGACGACAGCUCCAUACUCUCAGGUCCCUGCGGCUGGAUUUGGUGUAAAUAGUGUUCUUAGAACCUCAGAUGGAAUAGUUUACUCCUCUGUAGCUGCUCCAGUGCCAUCCACAUAUGCAAUUACAACUCAACCAGGCUCAAUCUUUAGCACUAGCUUAACACCUACAUCAACAGUCCAGAACCAGUCAUUGCCACAUCCAUAUGGUUUUAUUCCAAGUACAGACCCAGGGCAGAUAAUUGCUUUUGACACAGGGAUACCCAAGGAGCUACUUCCCACUGCUUUGGCUGACAUCAUAACAGGUUACCCAGAAAUGUACUCUGACACAACUCUCGAAGCAAUUGCAGCCUCUCUCGAUGCCCUAGCCUCCUCCCCCAUAUUCCCUGGCUUAGAUAAUACCAAGAUGGCACAGUAUCAAAUGGAAAGGGAAUUUCUAGAGUUAGAAAAGCUCAAGCAGCUAUGUCUUGCUGAGGAACUGGAAUGGGAGAGGCAGGAGAUCCAGCGCUACCGUGAACAAGAGCAGUUCAUGGUUCAAAGGGAGCUUGAGGAGCUACAGGCUCUUAAACAACAGCUUCUCAUGCAGCAGGAGGAAGAGCACCAUGCCCACAUGGUGGCCCAGCAGGAGACUUAUGCCCAACAGAAAGAGCAAUUGCAACAAAUACAACAACUCCAGCUGCAACUCCAGCGUCAGCUUGAUGAUCACUAUGGUAGCACUGGAACCACAGGAAAUCUUUUAGAUGCCAAAUAUGCAGGGGUUGGAGACAGUGGUCAGUACUGGCCCGUAAAAGAUGAGUCUUCAACUCCAUCUAUUGGGGCACAGUUUGGGGAAAGUCAGGAUCAGUUUGGUAUGGUAAAUAAGCUUCAAGCUGAUCAGGAUAUUGGGAAAAAAAUUAUUGAUAGUGGAGUGCAAACAGAUGAUGAAGACUCAGCAGAAAAGCAGCAUGUAGGAAGGCGAAAGAAAAACAAAAGAAAUAUUGAUAGCUCUGCCCAGACUGAUGAUGAGGAUCAAGAUGAAUGGGAUGCACCUACAAAAGCAAGACGACGUUCACGAAAGCAUAGCAGUGAUGGGAAACAUGGGUCCAAGGUCUCAAGCAUUGCUAUCCAGACAGUAGCAGAGAUAUCUGUCCAGACUGACCACUCUGGGACCAUCAAACGACCCAAUGUACAGAUGGACACCAAAGUUGAAAUAAUCAAGCAUAUCUCAGCUCCAGAAAACUCUCAGAGAGGUGGCAGUCUGAGUUGUCAGACAGAAUCAGACAGAAGGCACACACCAAUUGAAGUGGCCUACAGCACACACUUAACAGCUGAUGUCCCCUCAAAGUCCAAAGUCUUUUACAAUCAAGUUUCUCCCCUGUCCCCGGAAAAGUCACUUGGAGGACAAAGAAUGUUGACAGCUGACCCAACCAGAUUUUCCUCUGGCCCUAGAAUAUUAAAGGCCGGUCAGAAGUCUCUCUCUGAUCCUAAAUCCCUAAGUCCUUCCACAGAUGACAGGAUGGGUGGAUACUAUACGGACAGCUAUUCUGUAAGUCACAGUAAAAGAUGUCCAUAAUGUUGUCCACAAUUUAGCAAUUCAGAAUGUCUUUCUGAUUAAAUGACUUUUGGCUUCAUCCCACUUUCUAGGGCCGAGGUUCUCCCUCUAGUACAGGCAAGAAGGUGAAGCGGACACUACCAGACCCCCCUCCUGAGGAUGACUCUCUGGCUGGGCGAUCAGGCUAUAGCACCAACUCUGCUCGCCGGCGUCUUGCCCGCAGUACAACCAUAGCCCGGGCAAAGAUCCUUCAGGACAUUGACAAGGAGCUUGAUCUGGUGGAAAGAGAAUCCUCUAAACUUCGCAAGAAACAGGCUGAGCUGGAUGAAGAGGAAAAAGAGAUUGAUGCAAAGCUACGGUGAGAAACCACAAAUUUGACAUUAACCUAAGUUAGGAUUAACAAGCUUACUUUUUAAUUUUUCCCCAUGACAUCAAUUCAUCAUCUAAUACUGAAAGUAUCAGUUUUUGAAUGCAAUAAGUACCAUUGCCUGCUCCCAUCAUACAAUCAUUACCCCUAACUCAUCUGCAUGAUUCCCCUUUUACCCUGAUAGCUUAUGGGCUAAAAGGCUGCCUUGACAUCAUUCAGUGAGACCUCUUCAAACUCACACAUAGUAAGGUACAAUGUGUGAGAACCAACAAUGUUAUUUGCCUCUUUGGUUGUUUUGUAAAAAAAAAAAAUAUCUAUAUAUAUAACAGAAAUUAUAAAACAAUAUGUGCUUUUUUGCUGUUGCCGUAGAUACCUGGAAAUGGGUAUCAACCGUCGCAAGGAAGCCUUGCUAAAGGAAAGAGAGAAGAGGGAACGGGCCUAUCUUCAGGGAGUAGCUGAGGAAAGAGACUACAUGUCAGACAGCGAGGUUGGCAACAUCAGAGAAGCCAGGGGCGAUGGCUUAGAAAGACCGCGGACAGCACCGCAGUCAGAGUUUGACCAAUUUAUCCCUCCCCAGACAGAGGCCGAUUCUCAGUACAACACACUAACAAGUCCCUACUCUCACUAUGCCCAGUAUGUUCCCCAGACCCAAACAACCAGCCACUACACCCAACAGAAUAUAUAUCAGCAACAGUCCCUUUACCAUCAACAGGUGUCCCCUUACCCAACUCUUUCCCUUUCACAUGCCCAGAAUCAGCAAGGCAGCUACCAGCAUGCUCUUCUUUUGCAGCAGGGAAAGCAACGGCAAUCCAAUCUAUCUGAUUUAGACCCUAAAAUCACAAGCAACUAUGAAGUGAUGCGCAACCAGCCUCUUCUCAUUGUGCCAACCUCCUCAGAAAGUGGCUAUGGGGUGGCUCAUCUUGGGGGAAAGUAUGGCAACUUGGACUUAAGAUUGGGGCUGGAGGAGAGAAGCAUGGCCUCUAGUCCAAUGUCUAGCAUAUCUGCUGAUUCCUUUUAUGCAGAUAUUGACCACCACAAUGCCAGGAACUAUGUACUGAUAGAAGAUAUUGGGGAGCUAACCAAGACCUCAACAGGGCUGAGCAACACUGGCUUGGGUUCUGGAUUCAACCUGCCAGAUAAGGAGUUGUCCAAGGCAGACAGGCUUCUGAGGGCAGCAGAUGUCAGGCGCACAGCAGAGGUAAAUAACGUUUCGAAAAUCAACUUUCUUCAUCUUACUUGUCACGUUAUCACUCCCACUUCCUACUGUGUAAAAGUUAAUUUUAAAGCAAUAGUAUUUUUAAACAAAUUAAAGUUUAUAUGACUAAAGUUCUUUAAUACCAAGUUAAGAGCACUACAUAUAUGUAAAGACAAUGUGCAAGAUACCUCCUGGCCAGUGGCCCUGUCACAUUAAAAAUGUGGGACAGUUACAUGAUUUAUGAAAACUGUUACUGGUCACGUACAGUAAAGAUAAACAAAUAAAAUAAAUGUAUUUUAUGAGCUUAAAUCAAGUUGAGAAACAUCUCAUGUGUGGCGUUUCAUUUUCCCUUGCAGGUGGCUGAUUUUUUAGGCUCAUCUCGGCUUCAGGGUUAUGGCAAGGGUGAAGAUGACACUAUGGAGGAGCCUUAUGAGCUGAAGCUACUGAAGCAGCAAAUCAAGCAGGAGUUCAGGCGUGGAACCGAGGGGCUAGAACACUUAGCCGGUCUUGGCCUUCCCCAGUAUCUCCCCAGUGACAGCAGUUUUCGCCACUUUCCUAAAGGAGAGAAAUACAGUAUUGGCAGACUUACCCUUGAAAAACAGGCUGCAAAGCAACUUCCAGCAGCUGUCCUUUACCAGAAACAGAUGAAGAACAAAAAGGCCCUAAUAGACCCCAAGGCCAUCACAAAGUUUUCCCCAAUUCAGGAGAGUAGGGACCUGGAGCCUGAUUUUGGCAGCUACAUGGGAUCUGGGGCCUCCUCUGUAACGAAUCUGGCUGCUACAGCUAGGUUGCUCCAGGAUGAAAUUACAUUUGGGAUCAGAAAAAACUUGUCUGAGCAGCAAAAGUAUUUAGGCUCUUCACUAGGGGCCAACCUAGCUGGUUCUCUUAAUCUUGGACAGUCUAUUGGACUAGGAUCCACUAUCAGGGCAACAGUCCAGGAUGAUGGGACAUACCCAAGUGGAAACCGUUCCCGCCCCUCAUCUCGCCCCUCCUCCCGCCCCUCUUCAGUUUAUGGCCUGGAUCUAUCUAUUAAGAGGGACCUAUCAAGCUCUUCACUUAGACUUAAAACAGAAGGGGAAGUUCUGGAUGCAGCAUUUGCCCCUGGGGUGGCUAGAGCAAAGCCAACCAGUUUACCAAUCAGCCAAAGUCGGGGUCGUAUCCCCAUUGUGGCUCAAAACUCAGAGGAGGAGAGCCCUCUGAGUCCAGUGGGGCAGCCCAUGGGAAUGGCCAGAGCCUCAGCUGGACCUCUCCCUCCAAUUUCUGCUGAUUCCAGGGACCAAUUUGGGUCCAGUCAUUCCUUGCCUGAAGUGCAGCAACACAUGAGGGAGGAAUCUCGGACUCGAGGCUAUGAUCGAGACAUCGCAUUCAUCAUGGAUGACUCGCAAGGAGCAAUGUCUGACAGUGAAGGUAAAUGUAACCUGAGACUGUUGCACCAACUCAACUGUGUGGACCUGCUUGUCAUGCAUGCUAACUGACUUUGUGCAUAACUGGUUCUUUCUCAAAUCAGAUAAUUGAUGUUAAUUGUGCAUAACUAUAUAUCCCCCUUUGACGGUUAAUGCCACAUGGAUGUUUGCAUGCUAUUGCUUUUGAAUAUCUUAUUCACCAAUACAUAACACUCUUGGCCUGAGUUUAUGUUGUUCACUGAUGAACUCUAUCUGUGUUCUAUAAUUGCAUGUCUUUUAAUUUUGUAAUGCAUUUAAAUCUUCCGUUUUAAUUUUCAUCCUUCCACUAAAAUUUCACGACAGUAUUUCUAAAAUAGGCUUGAGCUACAUGCCACAUUACAGCUUGCUUGAUUCUAAGUCUAAUUUCACUGAAAUCUCAGCGAAAUAUAUUUUACACCCAUCAUAAGCUAAGUGUGUACAUUCAGUCAGUACAUUUAUGAGACAGUUAUAAAGAAUUUACUUCUGCAUUACUAUUUAUGUAAAGAAAGGUGAUGGCAGAUUUUAUGGUGCAGAGUAUAAUUCCAGUGUCAGGAUACUCUGCAGUUUUUUGCAGUUGCAGUCACGGAAAUCCCUUUGUGAAGUUACUCCUUGGUUACUUUUAGCUCUUUGCAUGUAUAUAAAAAUAAUCAAGACUGUAAGAGGUUUUGUACAGUUGUCAAUCCUUACUGUAACACAACUACCUUCUUCAAAGAACUAUUAUGAAGAUAAAUGUACUUUGAAAUUACUCACUAGCAUUUAAUUGUUAGUUAAUGCCAAAUGUAUGUCUUUGUUGCUGUUUUUCUUUAAUUUUCUGUCUAUAUUUACCAUUGCAUCCUUGCAUGUUGUGCAGUACAUUUUCUGUUUCCAUCUUAAUAAAGUGCAUGUUGUAUGCUUGCAGGUUAUUGUUUUGAAUGUCUUGAAUGUCUUGUUGCUUUAAGUUGUCCAUGUUCCCAGUGAUUGAUGCCAAAUAUUGAAAUGAGUUAUUCCCAUAUCUUUAAGUGUGGGAUUGGUAGUGUUCCAUUAGGUUUGGAAAAUUAAUAUCAGUAGUUAUCAACACGCUACUUCAAUGGUUAGUCUCUGUCUUUUUCCAUUCACUUCAACACAGUAUGUUAUGGACUAGUAGAAACUUAGACAUGGCAUAGAACACACUAAAAAUACAGGCUGUUACUUUUUGCAUAAUGGCCUGAUUAGGACACAGGUGAAAUCAACACUGGUUGUCGGACAAGUAUUUGAAUGAAAACCCCUUAGAAGAUGUCUGGCAACAUUUAGUUUCUAGACCAUUGACUAAGGUAAUUGUAUGGUUAAAGUCUUGAUAAGAAAGUGAUAUUUGGUGUAACCUAAUGUAAAAGUGUCCAUUUGCCUUGAUUACAGCACUAAGUGAGUCCAUGCUGGCUUUGAACAGAGAUGAUGCCAGAAUCUUUCAUGAAAGUAUCAGACACGGUAGAGUAUCUAUUAGUUAAAAACCCUUACUGUCCUGGUACUAAUAUGGCUUAUAUUCACAUCAAGAUGUUUACCUGUAAUGUAUCUUGUAUGUUUCACAUUGCUUCUGCCUAAAAUCUGUGAACUGUCUGACAGGCUAGCAAUGUCAGGUGUGCAGUAAUUACAAGCAUGCAUCUACAACUGACUUAAGUGCUUUUAGUGCAUGUGCUGGAGCAUUGUCACAAUAUAUCUGUAGUCGUAGCACAGCUCCUUUAGUCUCUUUAUAAACCUUAUUUGAAGACAUAUCUUAAAAAAUACAUAUAUAUACAAUUUUGUACCCCAGCUGGAGGCCCAAACUGGAAUAUAGAAGGUGAGACGGCAUCCCAACUUUCAUGUAGCUACUGAAGAAACUGUAUGCCUCCAUGCUGCAUAUCAUGGUCCUGAAUGAUGCACCUCUCUUGUUGAUUUGUUGACACACAGCACUCAUUCGACAGUGUAUAAAACAUGCCAUACAGCAGAUCUUGAGUGGUAGUCAUGUCAAAUUCAUUCUGGAAUGAACUCCAUCUAAAUGGCAGGAGAUGUGCAGUAGUACGUUCAAAUACAUCAUUCUGGAAUGACUUCACAUUACAGUGGUUCUGUGAGCAUAUCAGACCCAUAUCCAGUAUUCAUGUCCAUGCACUUUGGCUAUCACGUGUAUACUGUGUGAUCAUGCACAAGUGUUUCCACCGAAAAAUGUUUGAAUUGCUAUCCAGUGAGUAAGACAUUUUACAAAACGUAACUCAAUUCUGAAGGUCGAUGUUGCCGGAUUUUAUUCUUUCUAGGUUAUAAAACUCUAGUACAAUUGAUAAGUGCUGUCUACACUAACACAGGUACACAAAAGGCAACAUUUACCUUCAGCAUAAAGGGCCACGUCUCUUCAUCACUUUUUGUGUAUCACCUUGGUUGAAAAAGAUGACAGACAAUGCAAAUUUGACAAGUUUAGUUACAUUUCCUCCAUAGUCACAAUCGUUUGUAUCAUGAUGACUCAUUUAAAUGCAACACAUUACCAACAAUUCUGCCUUGUUAUUGCAGCUUCAAAUUGUCAUUAGCAAUUCAUAUUUAUUUGAAAUUUCCAAGGUUUGCAAUAACAAUGCUAUAAUGUGGUAUAGGACAUUCAGCUUGAUUUUGAGUUUUGGUUCAGUUCAAUUUUUUAGGACAUUACAGAGCACUGUGCUUUUUAAUACUCUUACAGUUCAGUGCUACUCCAUGAUUAUGUAUUUUUAAUGGCAUACCAUUAGCUCCAGUGGAGGAUAAGGAUUUAGAUACCGUGUAUUUAUUUCCCCUUUAACCCUGAAGUAUUUUUUUAUCAAAAUCAAAAACAGUAAAAGGAUUUUUUCAAGGUAGUUCUGUAAACAAGGUUUAUUAUUAUAAUGACUUUUACUAUCAUUAGUAUAUAUUGUUAAAUGGAUACACAAUGGGACAACUCCAACCCACACUGACCUGACUCCAGCUCUUCAAUAUUGUAUGAUCUGAAGAGCCUCUUUCUGCUACAAUAUUUAAUGUAGAGCAGCAUUUAAAAAUCUGGACAAUAAGAGCCCUUACACCAAGACGGGGAGCAUUGCAUGGUAUCAAAAGCAUGCCUUAUUUAAACCCUCUAGAAAUUUUUUUCAUCCUUCAUUAAGUGUUUGCAGUGAUCGUUUGAUUUGACAGACUGUAUAGAUUGUGCAGGACAGCUGUGGCAACUCUUUACUGUCACCUAUCCAGUCUGAUCAGAGAUCUGCACUGCAUUCAAGUAAAUAGAGAUGAAACAAAUUUUGUGAUGCAUACUUCAACUUGAUUGCAAGAUAUGUCUUUUCCCAAGUUGUCAUCGCCACAUUUAAAACAAAGAUUUAAGAAGCUGGGAUAGGUCUGUGGGUACAUGGCUUUUAAUCAUUAACUCUCCCUGCCCAGCGUAUCAUCUGAGGAACGAGGACACUGAUUGGUUUGAUAAGCCAAGAGAAGGACAUCCUCAUAGCGGAGACAGGAGACAGGUAAGGUUUCAUGCUAACAACAUUCAACAUCACGCUGUUUGGUUCCUACACUGACAUUUUUAGCUUACGAACCCAUGAUUUUUGUUAUAGAAACCCUUUUCUGCCAUGCUAUAAAAUCUUUAAAAUCUCUCCCAGAUGAAACUGGCCCCAUAUGCCUUCCCUCACACUCGCUUCAAGCUUAAGAGAGACCUGAAGGACACCAGUGUGUCUGGUACUACGCAAACACAACACACAGAUGAAAAGCAUCAUGCAAGAGUAUGUACACAAUUGUUUUGUAGCACAGUUUUAAUGCGAUUAUGUUACUCUAAGGGAAUGGACUUGGGAUCCGUGUGGUCGGUGGGAAGCAGAUUCCUGGAAGCAGAGGAGAGAUUGGAGCCUACAUAGCCAAGGUUACCCCGGGGGGUGCAGCAGAACAGACUGGAAAAGUAGUAGAGGGUAAGAACAGAAGUAGAGAAGAGUUGGCAUAUUUUUUCGUCCCUGAACCUUCAUUAAUGGCGCCAGUGCAAAUCCUUACCCUGUCAGUGAAAUGUAGGAAUUUGGUAAAAGUCACUGCCUAAAUCAGAUGAUUAUUAAUGGAGAAGUAAGCUGCUAUUGUAGCCCUCUGUGUUGUUGUCUGUCAUUUCUCAUUCCCCAACACAAUGCAUCCAACAUAAAAAAAAAAAAAAACACUCUGUCAACUCACCCUUUGUAGCACUGUGCUGUUAGUCAUUAGGUUAUAUUUAGCAUCUGUGCAGACACACAAAUGCACAAAGGCAGGCAUAGAGAAACACACACACACACAUAAGGACAGCUUUAACAACACCAACCAUGCAGAAUUUAAAAGAAGUUUGAGAUGAUUGAUCUUAUAUUUUGUUAAAUUUGAAAAGCCUGAACAUAUAUGGCGGUUUAUGAAGUUUGAUAUGCACAAGACUUAGCCUUUUCUUUCUCCGGUGUAAACUUAACCAUAUGGGCCGCCUUGACUUUGCAGUUUCACACAUCAGCUCUUAAAAUGAUGUAUGUCAUUUUGUUUUUUAUGAAGGAGGACAAAAAUUAUGGCAAUAAAUUUAGAGGGUGGACGGACUGCUAAUGUGUACUUCUAGUGUAUGCUGUAUGCUUAAUAACUAUGCAAAUGUCAUGUGAUGUGUAUGUUCCACAAAAGGACAAUGGCAGCAGAACAUGCCUCGAGGUGCAUAAGAAAUGGAGUGGGGGAGGUUGCAGUGCGUUAUAUUGAGCGCAAAGCAAAUAAUCUAAAUAAGCAUAGGCUCAUGCAGAAAAAUACGGUGAAAUUCAUUCAAGCCUUUAUUGUUGCUGCAGCUGGUGAGGUGUUUUGUUAGCAGAACUGAAGAUAAGGUUUCAGCUGAGUUGGCGAGGCCUGAUUUAGCUUUUGCUGUGCAUGAGGUUUGUAUAUUUUACAAGUAGCAUAAAGAAUUUCAUUUAAUAUUUUUAAAGGUUUUGCUAUGCAUCAUCUUUUCUAAUUUGUGGUUGUUUUGUCAUUGGGAAAAUACUCUGAGUGCUAACUAUAGUGUCAUAUUACUCCUCACUAUGUGUAAUGCUGGAAUGCAAAAUCAAAACUAAAUUAUUUAAGUUUUCCACUGGGUUAACAUCUUCUCUGUGCACACCAAAGAGGCCAGAACAAUGUUUGUUAUGUAGAGAUGAAGUGAAAUGACUUGCCACAGGCUGCAGCAUAUUGUUUGGCAACUGAUAACGCCCGCCUACCAUUAUCGCUCAACAGGAAUGCAGGUGUUAGAGUGGAACGGAAUCACUCUGACGGGAAAGACUUACGAAGAAGUGCAGUGCAUCGUGGGCCAGCCAUGUGCAGAGGCGGAGCUCUGUGUGAGACUGUGAGUUACAUCUGUCAUCAUUUACCCCUCAAUCCCCCUGAAACGUCUCCAUGUUUAGCUGCAAUAUGGUAACUCUGCACCCAUGUACACCCUCUCUCCUCCUCCCUUGCCUUUAUCUCCAUUCACACCCCUUCAUUUGACAAAUACCACUAUGACUGAUUACUGUUAAGAUACACUGGUUGAUAUUCCAUUAUAAAUUUCCUGUAUGGAUCUAAACAGUGACCUUAACAUGCUGUCUGACCCUGAGCACCCACAAGCCCUGGAGCACCAUGUCCAGCUUAAGGCUGGUAUGUACAAGGAUUUGUUUGAUUUGUCUGCAUGCAUGCAUGCAUCUGUGUACUUAUUUCACAUAAAUGCAUUCUGCUUCACUAAACCUAUUUUUCGCAGUGGGUGGGCAACGUUCACCUGGAGUGGACCCUAAGCAGUUGGCUGCAGAGCUACAAAAGGUGUCCCAGCAGCAGGCUCCCGGUAUUGGGCCCGGGGGUAUAGGGGUCCUCUCUGCACUGGAGCGCUCUGCUCUCCUACACUCAGGUACAGGAUCAGCUGCAUCCAGCGGUGUACCCAGCCCCGGCCAGCCUGCAUCCCCCGCCAUAAACAAGAAACAACGGCAAAAGGUAGCAAGAUAAACUUUCUGAACUAAUCUCUGCAAGCGUGCCUUGGAAGCACCCUAUGUUGUGAAAAGGUCCCUUUACUAGAUGUAAACGAAAGAAGAUGUUGUUGUCAAACAACUAGAAAACUAGUUUAUAUCUCAGACUUACUGAUUACAACAAAAAUCUAAUCUAAAUGAGUCAUAGUAUGGCUCCAUCUUUGAAACCACAGUAUACAGAACCCAGUGGGAUCCAUUGAGUUUCUCCAUUGAAUUAUCCAGAUCUAUAAAGGGCAGGUUGUAGGUGAUAGUCAAACAGUAUUUUUAGAAAAACAUGUGGUAAAGUGCAUUAACCAGGAUGUCUGUUACACCUGGUUCUAUUCCAUUCCCUCUGUUAUUCCUAAUCCACAUUAACCAUUUUCAUGUCAUAUCUCAAUAUCUCAUGUUUCAAAGUCUUCUACAGAUGCUAGAGAUGAAUCUGUAAGCUAAUGGGAAAAAAAUGCUGAUUUUAGACCAGAGUUGGGGAAUCAUUUGCUUGAGUAUGAAACAAAUAUUCUAAAUUGUUGAACAAUUUUAUAUUUGCAGCCAACUGACUCAAUGAGGUUACCUCAUCCAAUCACUGGAGAAAUUCAGGUACAUAAAAGCUACAUCUUCAAAACUACAACCUAGCUUUUAUUUAGCCAUAGUUUGCUCUCUCACGCAGCCCUUACUGCGCUCUUUUUCUUUCAGCUCCAGAUCAACUAUGACAGGAACCUUGGAAACCUGAUCGUCCAUGUCCUGCAGGCUAGAAACCUGGCCCCAAGGGACAAUGACAGCUACUCUGACCCCUUCGUCAAGGUGUACCUCUUACCUGGGAGAGGGUGAGCACUGGGAGUGUUAGAGUGCUUAUGAGUGUGUGGUCUGUGUCGCCCCUCUGUUCACGUGUCUCUCCCCCUAUUUCUUUCUGACUUUGUAUUGACUGUGCUGUGCUGUGUUGAAUUGACUAACUAACUACUUGAGUUUGUUUGAGAGAAUGAGACUGGACAUGAUGGUAUCAGGCAGUCACUUAAACUGUAAUUUGGUUUAGUUUGUUCGAUGGGUGUGUUCAUACAAAGCUAUUUCGCCACACUGCAGUCAGAGACAAACUACAUAGAUGCAAAUACACAGAAUUUUCAAAGUCCUUCUUGAAGUGUUUCAUUGUUGUUCCAUAUACUCACUGUUUCCUCUUCUUAUCCUGUUCACUCCACUAUAGCCCCUAGAGCCUGUGAAUAGCAAAAGACGGGAUCGAUGCGGCCUUUAUCUGCUCUGUAACAGUAUCUGCUCUUAGAUAAUGACCCCAUCAGACCUGUUUAUGAGAUUAUAAACCCUCUCAACCUGCAAGCUAUGGAGGUUAGGAGUAAAGGCUCAGUGGGAAAGCACUUUUGUUUCCUGCUGUCAUAUGAAGAGCAUUUUAAAAUGAAUUUGUCUGACAUUAGCAGUAGAAUGCCGCAACAUUUGGAAAUUAGUCAUUUGCCCACGAGCCUGUUUUUUUUUUUGCGUCACAUGCACAUUGCUCAGGCACAUAAACAGAAACACACCCAGCUGAGAAUAUUGAUUGCUUCGGCUCUCUACCCUUUACUGCCUUUUCUUUGAGCUCUUCUGAGCUUCUCUGACUGUUUUUGUGUUUUUGCUUUUCUUGUUUGUUAUAUCUGCCCUCCUCUUCCUCUUCUGGACUCCCUCAGCCAAGUCAUGGUUGUCCAGAAUGCAAGGUAGUGUGGUGCUGAUCUUUGCUUUUUAUUUUGGGGUGGUGUUAUGUUUUGUCUUCCUUUCUGUCAAUGCUGUCUCCAAAGUGAUUUCCCAUCCUUUUGUUGUGACCUUUGUUGUCUGUCCAAUGGUCUGCUGUGGUUCAUUGUGUUUAUUAACAGUCCUGCCAUUGCUUUGUCUCUCCAUGCCUCAAAAUUUGAACUCUCUCUCUGAGAAGUUUUGUGAUUUUGUAAAAAAAAAAAAAAAUAAUAAUAAUAAUGUCUGCAUCUACAUUUGAUUAAGUCCCUGAUGUCUCCACAUCAGGAGAUUGCCUUUUUCACCUGCAUCUGUUCGGUGCACAUAAAUAGAGUAUCACGGUUGGUGAAUGCUGUCCACAUAGUAAGACAGGGUAAAGAAAUCUAACUUAAUUACUGAUAAUUCUGAAUUUCACACUUUAUCAGCGCUGAUAACAAGAGAAGGACCAAGUAUGCUCAGAAGACCAUGAACCCAGAAUGGAACCAGACUGUUAUCUACAAGAACAUCCAUCUGGAGCAGGUACUGUGCAGAGUGAUGUUUCACACACAUACUCACACCUGCAGGUGCAUGUAUAUAUUUUCAGUCUGUCUUGUUCAAUUAUUGUUUGCACUGUGAGCCACUUUAGGUGAGUCAGAUGUCUUAUACUCUUAUUAGGAUUCUGUCUUCCUGCCUUGUCCCUGGAGCUGUUCUUAGUUCCCCUGUGCAGCGUCUUAUCUGCACUCCUGAAGCUCAGUUUAACAACUGUCAUUUCUGUUCAACAUAAACAGCUAAACUACAUAAAACUUAAAUGAAAAACCACGAGAAACUUGUGCUUAUUUGUCUGUUAUUGCAGUACUGUGCGUACGGACUUGGAUUUUAAUUCUUAAGGGGUAAUAGUUUGCUCAGAGAAUGUGUUAUUAAAAACAAAGACAGAGACACAACCCAAACUCUAAUUACCACUGUGAGGAAUAACUGCAGAUGUGGUAGCUUUGGUAGUCGGAGCUUAAGAGCUUUCUGCAAAGGCAAGAGGAGUUAUCGGCUCCGAUAAGGCUAGCUUCUGUUGAUCACUGCUCAUCACUGGCUGAGGCAGCCUUGAAGAUGUUCCCUCAUUGCUCAUUUACACAGUCUUCCCAGCAUCCCAGAUAUUUUCCAUGUCCUCCUCCACACACACACACACUCACUAACCGGUAUUGACACAGAUGGAUGGACAUAUACGAAAGAAAACGUAACUCCUAACUCCUACAGAAAACAGCAUUAAUCCACUACUGUUUAUGUGUAUUCAUUUAUGCACAGCACAUACCGUCCUCUGUCAAACACACAUAUUCCUCCAGCAUACAUACUUGUAAAUGUGUCAUAAUCCUCUGUGCCUUCUCUCUCUUCCACUUUUUUAAUCAGUUAAAGAAAAAGACACUGGAGGUCACAGUGUGGGACUACGACAGAUCCUCCUCAAAUGACUUCCUUGGAGAGGUAAGUGCUUUUGGAAUCCGAAUGCCAUGUCUGAAAAUGUCAGGUUCAUUUAGCCGUCACCUCACAAAAAGAGGUUUCUGCUGCCUGAAAUAUCAGACAGUCAAGCUUAUGCUGUAUCAUCAGGACAUGAAAGGAAAUGAUACAAUAUGAUGCAAGACAAGGCAAUAAUACAGUACAAUAUGAUGAGACAGGAAAAUGAAACAAGACCAUGUGACUCAAAGGAAUAAUGAUAUAAUGCUAUAUGAUACGGUUUGACACAGCACAGCAUGACAUGACUAUAGAUACAAAACACUAUGGUACAAUACAAUGGUAGCACAUGUUAGGGUGCCAAAUGGAUUCGUAUGAUAUGAAAUGGUUCCAUAUGACAUGACACAACAAAAUAAGAUACUGUACAAAACAAUUUAAGUAGAUGCAGUACAAUUGGAGAUGAUGCAAAAUGAUAAGAUGUAGGGGUGGGGGAAAAAUCAAUACAGCAUAGUAUCGCAAUAUUUUGUCUGGUGAUAUAUCGUAUUGUCUCAUUUACCAAUUAUCCAUUUUUUUUAAUUGAUUCCUACUAUGAAGUCAAAUCUAUGAUGGAAAAAUAAAAUCAACUGUUUGUUCAGUGAGGUUGGCAGAGGACACAUCAUAGAGCAGGAGAAAGUUAGUACAACAAAUAUAUAUAAGGUUCGAAGAUGUGCCACAUGAAAAUAAAAUACAGUGUAAAUAAGACUAAGGUAAAGGAAAGACAAAUGCUAAAUUAGCUAGACAGUUGAAAAAACUGUAUGAAUCGCUGUAUAUUGCAUUGCAAUGCUCACUUUAUUGCAAAAUGUUAAAAGUCGCAAUAAUAUCGUAUCGUGGCCCAAGUAUCGUGAUAAUAUCGUAUUGUGGGGCCACUGGUGAUUCCGACCCCUAAUAAGAUGCAAUAUAAUUUGAUAUGAUAUGGUAUGAUACAGCACAAUACGAUUUGACAUGAUAUGAUACAGUUUAUGGUCAAAAAAGUACGAAACAGUAUGACACAAUGGGACACAAUGCAAUACAGUACGCUACCAUACGAUUUAGGGAAAUCGUCCAAUGGUCCCUACAACAACAAACAACGUACGAUAAACUGAACAUCACCCAUGUUCCACAUCAAACACAGCCGAUACGCAAAUCAAGACAAGAAUGAUAAUUACCAUGACGAUGCCAUUCAUCAGCCUAAACUUUCUCCCCUCACAGACACUGAAAUCAAGUUGUUCUGUAAAUUUGCUUUGCAGGAAAACUAACUUGUCCUGAUGCUGUUUAUGUUUUUUUAGCAGCUGCACCACAUUCUCACACUUAUUAAUGAAGCUUCUUUGUCAGCCUUAGAUAAAAUACUCCCUUAUUGGUUCUACAUGGAUUUGCUCUAGGCUUGCUUUAAGGGUUGUUUUUCCCUUUUAUCAGUGUGGCUGCUCUGUGUGUUAAUUGCAAUCCAGGUGCUGAUUGACUUGUCCAACACGGCCCAGCUAGACAACACACCCCGUUGGCUGCCUCUGAAGGAGCAGAGUGAGAGCAUUGAACACAGCAGAGCACAUCAUGCUGCGCAAGGUCCACCAGGGUCUGGGUCUGGUCCGAGCCAAGGAUACGGCCAAGGCCAGGGACACAUGUCUGGGCCCGGGAUGGGGCCUGGGUAUGGCACAGGGCAAGGUCAAGGACUGGGACUGGGAGAUGGGACCCAUGAUUCACUAAAAAACUCUGUAAUCAAGAGUAGAAGCCACGGAAUCUUCCCUGAUCCAGCCAAAGGUAGAAUCAUUUACAGAGUUACCAUGAAUGAGUUUAUUUUGUGUGACUGCAUGAAAAGAAUCCUAACACUGAUUUUGGCAUUCUGAGCAGGCUGCUGUUAGCGACAAAGGCGUAAAUUAAAAAAUGUCCUCUGAGUUGCCAAAUUGUAAGAGGCUGUUACCAUAGAAACAAUAAUGCUAAUCGCAACUUGACAGCUGUAAUUACACUUCAUGUACUUGUCAACAGCUACAAGGCACAAUUAGGGUAGCUUUGGAGCAGAAAACUCAAAUACUGUCUGAAUAUUUCUCAUCUUCAGCUCUUCACUCAUGUCUGUUUAGUAGUUACAGCCCUCCAUUUCAUCCCCCUGCAGAUAUGCAGAUGCUGCCAUUAGAAAAAUCCCACAGCAGCCCUGGCAGCUCCAAGUCUUCCUCCGACGGCCAACUGCGCUCCCACGGCCCCUCACGAAGCCAAAGCAAAAGCAGUGUCACUCAGACCCAUCUCGAGGACGCUGGGAUAGCCAUUGCUGCUGCCGAGGCUGCCGUACAACAGUCCCGCCUGCAACCAAGUAAUUCCCACCCCUACAUGUGUUGAACUUCCUGUGACACGCCUCCUUUCUCCCAUGCAUGCCAAUUUUAGACUGUUUGGUAAAAGCCUGAACCACUAUGUUUGUUAACCUUCUUAACAUUUUACCUGUGCCUUCUGCUCUCCUCGUCUUAUUUUGUGUUUGAUCUACUUUGAUCAAAAAAGAAAAUCAUACUAACAAAGAAAAUAAACAGAAUUCAAAGCAGAUUUAAAAAAAUAUAUAUGAGACAAAACUUAAAAUUGUUGUAAAAAUCUUACUUAACUCAGUUCUAAGAUCAGAAAAUAAAUGUAUUGAUAAAUUUAUAAUUUUGGAUUCUUAGAGCACUAAAUUCUACAAUAACAGUAUAAAGCAACUUCAAUGUGUUAAAUAAUCUAAGUCUUUAUAUGUAAAUCUUAAGUAGGAUAUAAUUUUGUCAUUAUCAGUGGGUUAUUAAGACAGCGGGAGACGUGAACCAGCUUUUGAAAACAAAUAUAUACAUAUUAUUUUAAAGUUAAAGCACCAGUCAGAUCUCUGUGGUUCCUCACUAGUUGUGCAUGUGCCAAUCCCAAGUCCAUGGUUUCAGUAGUGUGUAGCCCAGUGUGGAAACUUUUAACCCCAGUAUAGAAACCAAACUGGGAUGGCAAAUCCCUGUGAAUCCUCGACCAUAUUAACGUCACUAAAAAAAUCAUCAUCUAUGUUUCUGCAUAGUUCAGUGGGAUGUUCUCAAAUAGAGGAAAUAAACAGUUACCCCCACCUUGGAUAAGUUACCCCACAGUCAGAGCCAUCUCAGCAUGCAGUUGCAGCUUCCCUGGCUACUGUUCCCUGGCCUGGGAGGCCUUUGUGAUGCUGCAUUAUUUGUGUGUGUGCAUGUGUGUGCCAUAUGAAUGAACCCUUACAUAAGUUAAACAAACACUCACAUAAACACAGACCCACACAUAAGUAUGGCACACAGGCUCCCUUUCCUAUCCAAUCCCUUCCUGAACCAACGGCCCAUAACAAAAAGGACUUAAAUGUGAGACUGAACCAGUCAAACCAAGAAACAGACACACCAAGAGGUGUCAGAAUCAACAGGAGGCUCACUCUGCAUUCACCUGCCUAUGAGAGUAAAGCUGACAGCUAACCACCAGAGGAACAAGUGUCUGGGGAAGGUGAGGCAACAUAGGAGCAAAGUACUGAUAAACAUUUUUAAAUUGAUUUAAUAAACUCUAGAUAAAUGAAAAAGUACUAACAUAAAAACAGAAAAGAAACUCAAUUUAGUUUGUCUUAAAACUUAAUGUUUCAGCUACUUUAGCAACAAAUAUGUAUCAUGUAAAAAAUUUAAAAUGUGCAUUUGUUACCGUCUGUGAUUGUGCAUGUUUUUAUGUUCCAUGUCACUGGUAUAAUUAUGUUUUCAUGGCUACAGAAACAGCAUUCUCGACUUUUUCUUUCGAGUCAUGGGUUAUGUUUUAAACAUAAUUUAACAAUCAUUUACUGUUGUUAUUUUUCCUUUUUUUUUCGCUGAAUAUAUAAAUAAUGGAGACUGUGACCUUAAAGGCGAAGAAUGUAUCUACCCUUUGUCUAGACAGAAACACUUCAUAUUCCCUGAACUAAUCAUUCUUUUUCAUAAUGUAGACUAUGAGCAUUAUUCAAUGGCACCAGGGGACUGGAACAAAAAAAGAAAUCUGUAAAAGAGCAAUCAUAUUGUUUAAUUCUGUAUUCUUAUAUGAAAUUAACUAAGUGGCCUUCAUUUAUUUUCAUAAAUGAAGGGAUUAGAUGUGGCCUGCAGAAGUUAACCAAAGUGACACACUGUACUGCUAAAUGCAAGGACGAGCUGUCAAACCCAUUGAUCAGCGCCUCCCUCGAUUUGCUGUUAUGUGAUGCUCAGUCAAAGUUAUGUAUGAUUGACAGCUUCUCUGUCAGUUACUGAUAGCCGGGGGUGUGAAGUGUUUCUGCAUAUCUGGACGCGCAUGCACACGUGUUGAAAAGCUCAGUCAGAUGCUUUGUUCUUGUCACUGUGUUCAAAUAUACACUUACAUACAGACAGAUGGAUGGGUUGAUGGAUAGAUAGAUAGAUAGAGAAAUGGACUGAUUGUUUUUCAACCUUAUGUCACUAUUUACCACUCUCAGGACCAGGACACAGACUGGCUGAUGUCUCAGGGUCCGUAGUGUUGUCUGCCCCAAGUCUUGUGGGUGACGCCUACAGUGGCCUUGAAGGGGACGAUGAGGAAGGCACUGGUGUGGACAGUGCCAUUUUUCAAGUGCCACGCAUGUAAGACCGUUUGGGUUUUUCCCUUUUUUUUCUUUUUUGUGCUUAAGGUGUCAAAUGUUUUAUUGUGACUGUGUGACUAUGUGUUUGUGUUAUUUUUCUUUCUUAGCGGGAAGACUAUUCCUAAUGGCACAGACAAAAACCAACUAGAGAUGACAGAAAACGAAGGCAAGUUCCAGAAAAAAAGCCUCUUUUUACACUAGAGACAUCUGGAGGGGAUGGGAGAAAAACACCAACACGCCAGUUUGUUUUAACUUAGUUGUUGGUCUCCAUCUACUGGCCACUUUUUAACACAACACUUGCAUUUAUUUUCUCUUUUUAUCACCUUCAGUCUGUGUUUUGGUAACAACUUUAUUUAGAUAUGCAUUUAAAAUGCUCUCUCACUGUCAAUUAUGGCCAAAAACAACCCAGAUUAAUAUACUAAUGCAAAACCUGGGAUAGUGGAAGAGAAGUGGAUGUCACAUUAUCCUACCUGUGUCAUAACUAUAUCUACGUUUCGUGUUGCUCAGGUGUCAUGAUGCCUCCUAUCCAUCUCUUGUUUCAAUUUGUAACAAAGAGCCCAAGGUCAUCUUAGGCUGUAGGCUGGCAGCUGUUACACAAAUGAGGGUCAGGGGGUCAUUUUCAUGGCGCCUGAUGACUGAUGUAAAACGUUUCACCCGGCCUGUCAUUGAUAAACUCUUAAACUUAAAAGUAUUAAAAAGACACACAUGACAGUCGAAAAGUUCUUUUACGUGGUUUCAUCCUGCAGUGUGACCCGAUUCAGCAGCUGAUAAAUUAUUCAUAUAAUCUUCAGUGAUACCAGGAGAACAUGCUUUUCUCAUGCAACUGUAUCUGCAAGCAGGCACUUAGCCAAAUGAAGAAGAAAAAAAAAACGAGAAAACCACAACUAUAUUCCCCAAACUAAAUGUCCUUUCUUCCUGUUUUCAGGUGGUAAAACACAAGUGAUGGGAGAGAUCAAGGUGGCUUUGAAGAAGGAGGUGAAAACAGAGGGAGAUCAACUGGUCUUGGAGAUACUCCAGUGCAGGAAUAUUACUUACAAAUUCAAGAGCCCUGAUCAUCUACCAGGUCUGGGAGUGCUGUAUAUCUGUGCACAUGUAUAAGUGAUGAUAUAUAUGUGGUCUCAUUAAUAAUGCUACACAACCCCUUCUUUUCUUAAAAGCAUGUUUUCUUUAUUUCCCUUUCAUGUCUGAAUUAAUCAUGUCUUCUUUACUUACUAUCAUUAGAUUAUCACACAGUUGCGAUAAUCUUGUAUAUAUUCCUAAAACCAAUGGUAAUUUAAGUUAUACAACAGAGCUGCAACAUUUAAUCUUACAAGCUUAAACCUGAGAGGCCUUAAAAGAGAAAAUGACCAUACAAAGUAAGUGAAGAGCUGCCAGUGAAUAUAUUUUUGACAGUUACAACACUGUGCAGGUGUUUGCUAGUCAUUCCGUUCCUACACACUUGUUUUAUGAAACAGCUUUAUGAUAUUUUUCCCACAUUUACAGCAUCAACAAAAUAUUGUGCGCUACAUUAAAACGCAAAGAAUAUUACAAGCUGCAGUGGGACUGUUGAACACAAAGUCUAUAUAUAGAAUGGACAGCGUCUGCCUCCUCCCUGGGUGAAGCCACUUCGAGAACAGCACCCUCUGGUGACAGGCUGCAGUAUAGGUUAUAAAUCCCGCCUCCACCAGCCAUUCUUAUGGGGCUGUGCACAAACUUUAGAAAUUUAUGAUCCCUUACUGACCCAAUUGACCUACCAGCCCCUCUACUUGAGGACAUGCAAGGGCUGAUCCUGAAUUUCAUAAGGAGGACAAAUUUUGGACUCAAUUUCUUUUCUCUUUUCCUGUUUUCACUUUGCCUGAUAUGGAAAAACUAAUGCCAAAUACAAGAGUAUUAUUUUGCAAAUUUAAAUACUAACAUACCACUCUGUUGGUUCACUUACCCAUACUCAUUGUUUCUCUUCUUUGCCCUCAGACCUGUAUGUGAAAUUGUAUGUGGUGAAUAUAGCCACUCAGAAAAGAAUCAUCAAGAAGAAGACUAGAGUUUGUCGACAUGACAGAGAGCCGUCUUUCAACGAGACCUUCAGAUUCCCCCUAAACCCAACAGGCCACUCCAUACAGGUACUACUCAUGCGCAUAUGAGACAGUGGCAAACAGAGUGACCUGGAUAUAAAAGGAUAUAUGGAAGCUUAUACAGCAGUAGGGAGCUGUGAGCCCAAGUCAUGAAUUCUUUUAGUUUAAUUUAUAAGAAGCGGAAAUGUCUCAGAGUUGAAGGAAUGUCCACUUUUUUCAUUAUUGGCAUGAGUUGCCUUCAAAAAUACUAAAAAGGUUUAUGCAUCAGUGUCAGAAAAAAUAGUUCUGACCGUUCUCUUUUUAGAAAGUGUCACAAACACCACCAAAACUGAUUCCCUUUGAUAUAUUUCCAGCUUUUCCUGGUGUCAAACGGAGGAAAGUUUGUGAAGAAGACCCUGAUUGGGGAGGCCUACAUCUGGCUGGACAAGGUAGACAUGAGGAAAAGAGUUGUCAGCUGGCACAAGCUGUUGGUGAGCUCAACUCAGACCAACCCAUGAGCACCACGUCAAAAAGAUGAAGACGCAGUACAUCCACGCAAGGCGAAGGGUCGAAAAAAGAAGAGGGUGAGAAGAGGAACUAAAAUGAUAACUUAAAUUCCUCCAUUCUUCCUUUACUGUCUCAACUGUUACUUAUAAGAAAGAGGGAAAUAUGUGCUAAUACCAUAACAACUGUAUCAGUCCAACACUGCCAGCACACAUCCACCUCCUUACAUGCAGGUUUCUUCUAGCUGUGGACUAAGCAGCAACAUGGAUUUGAGAGCAGAAAUGCCUUUUUUUUACUUCAGUUUAACGCCAUAAUCCAAAUGAGAUUUUGUUUUCUGGUGCUGUGCAAUGAAUCAAACAUAUCUUUAAAAGGAAGAGAAGGUAUAUUUGACUUGAUCACAGAAUUAUUACCUGAGUAAAGCAUUGUGAUUUGAGUCGUUGUUGUUAUGCUGAAUGGUGGUUGUGACGUGUGUUUGGAUGUUAGAGGUCUUUCAGUAGUUAAGGUCGAGGAAUAAAAAUGUUUUUGUAUGAAAGUCUUUGAGUUUAAUGUAAAAAGAAAAAUCUGUAGAAGUCAAAGUUAUGGAUGAAAAAUGUACAGCUCUUCAGAUUGUACAUAUCUCACAUGCAGAUUACAGAGCAUAUCAAAGAAUCAAAUUGUACAGAGUGAGGUUUAUAUAAUAUACAGAUAUCAGAUGCAGAAUAUAUCGAAAUACAGUGUAAGAGUUGUUCUCUUGUCAUUAGAGUAUAUAGAAUAAAAUAUAGACAUAUGAUCUCUAUUAGACUGAGGCUGUGGGUGGUGCACUGACAAUCCUGUCGGCUACUUGAGUCUGUGGUGUAGGCAGUGUCAAUAGCUGUUAUGUGAAUGUGGACCUACAUGAGAAAAUAGCUCCUCGGUCCUCUGAUCACACUGAUGCACCACUAGAUGUUCACUAGAUUAAUACGGAUGAAGACCAACAGCUGGUGAAACAUCACGGUUUCACUGGCCUCCUGUCGUGUCGUGCAGGUUAGAGUUACACUUCACUGAAAAGCAUUUUGUCAUUUUAAGUCCAGAUUACAUGCUGUAUUGAAUGUUACGAGUCAACUCAAGAGGAUGACCAGUUCUAGUCAUAUCUGUGUACAUUUUACUUUAAGGCUGCUGUAGUUGGUCAGAGUAGACUUAUAUUUUUUUUUUCUGCAGCCCUUGGUGUACUUACAUUGUUAGAAUGGGCAUAUCGUUCACACACCAGAUGUGUCAAAACGUGUAGAUCUGCAACUGUCAUCACGUCAGUAUGGCAGCUCUGCUCCCUGUGUAUCAGUAAAGCCCUGUAGUUUGAGUUUUACCCCAUUUCAUUUGCAGAAUACAGAGAAAAAAAAAGAUCCUUUCAGUCUAAUGUCAAGGCUCCCUUUGUUUGUCUGACUGUGCUGUUAAACUCACUGUGCUGUUUGUGUCAGUGACUCCUGUGUCAACACAGUGAACCAGCCUCUCACACUGCCUGUGAACACUCACCCGAGUCUGAAGAACACAAAGAGCCAAGUCUGGGUACCAGUGAGGAGUAGGUGACCCCUGUAUGUGCGGAAUAGAUAUCUAAAAUAUCACAUGACCCCAUGAACUAAUGUUGAUGUUGUCAGGGAUAGAAAGGGACUGAUGCGUUUUUUUUAAGAGAGGUAAACUUGAAAUAAGAUGUCACUUCAAUUCCAGCAAAUGAGAAUUAAAAAAGAGGAUACAAAAGGAAGAGAACAUGGCUGAUUUUCAGAGGUUAUUUUACAGUGCCAACCGUAUUUGUUUUUUUCCAGACCCAUUGGUUCUUAAUUCUAUGCAACAUAUAUGUAUUUGAAUGCAUUUGUUUUUGAAAAUAAAUGUUAUAUAAAUGUUAUAACAUAUGGUUUAAAGAUGUCUUAUAGUAAGAGUAACUUUAGUUUAUACACCAUUGAGAGAAAAUAUUAAAUACAUUUUUUUUACUGAUUUUAAUAUAAAUUGAUGUUAACCCUGUUAACAUUAACAUUAAGCUUGUGCACUUUAUUAUGACAUUGUUUAUUUUCUCGUCUCAUGUUAUCUGUCACAUCAUGCAAGGUUAUGUGUUUUGUGUUUUUGCACUGACAUGAAAUGGCUCAUGCUGUGUAUGGUGGCAGAAAAGUUGUGGUGUGCAUUUUGUAUCAAUGUGGCAAAAAAUAAAAAACAUGCAGACAUGUUGGGGUUCCUUAAUACAAUGCACAAUCUGGGCAGGAGAGACCCUCUCUACACCAUACUCAUAGUCUAAAUAACAGUCUGUGUACAAAGUACAGUAUAUCAAACAUAACCCCUCAAUGCUCAGUCAGGACUGUUUAACCCCUCGUGUUUUAAUAGAACUCCCUCGCUGAAUACUGUUUGUUUCAAUCAGCUGUUGCUUGUCGUUGUGAAACCAUCCAUUUGAUGUCGUUCAGAGGAGUGUGAAUGUGACCUGAGUCCUUUGACAUGUGUACAUAAAGUGUUUAUUUUCUACAAAGAUUGAAUGUUUAUAUUGUCUGAAGUUUGAGCAUGUGAGUGUCAGAAAAUAAAAAUAAUUAUUAGACUUAAAACUGUACAGCAAUGCGUGUCUAUAGUUGUAUAAGGGGAGUUGACUGUGUUAUCAUGUGCUGUCAACCAAUGACUAUCUGUGCAACCAUGUCCAGUAAAACAGCUGAAACAACACAAAGGGAUGAAAAAAAAUAUCAACUUCAAUAGUUGUCUGAGAAUUUAUGUUCUGGAUGUUGCAUGUUCUGUUGAUGGUUUGUCUGUAUAUUUGCCCACAGAUUAUGUUAAAAAAGAGACAGAAUAUGUAAAGAUUUAUCUGUAUGCUGACUGUAAAGAGACAUGCUUGUAAAAUUGUCUUGUUUUUCACUCAGUGUAAAAACAGAGAAUCUAAAGUUAUGGUUUUGUGGUUGUACACAGGAUGUGUUGAGAUAUUAUGCAAAUUGUGCUGUAAAAAUCAGCUGUUUCCCCUGAGUCUAAAGAAUAAAUAUUAAGAAGAGCUAUAUUACAUCUGCAGUAUGGAUCUGGGUUUUGUUUUUAGGACUGAAAUAUAAGCAAUGAAAAAAAAAAA